AUGGACUUAGGUGCCCGCUACGUCGGUAGAGUGCCUUGGUCACGGUUUAAAGAGCCGUAUUAUUCCACCAAUGCUGAUGCUAACACAAUGCAGUGGCUAAUAGGCAGAUUACAUAGUCAAAGGGCGUUAGUGCUCAUUGUUUCUAAAGUACUCCCUCACCUACAGUAGGGACUUAGCUGAGGUCCAAAUCCGCCCACUGUAUGUUUUGUCUUUUGUCCUCCACAAGAGUGUUUCAAAUGUCAAACUGAUUACAAGGAAGUGAGUUGAGCAAAGGGGAACCUACCUUGGCUAUCGCUUUUGUGUGAGUGAAGGUCAUUUCAAUGAGACUUACACACUUAUGCAUGCGCACGCACACACACACACAGACAGACACAAACACACACACACACACACACAUCAAUAGAGCUGCCCGAAUUAGCAUAGUAAUGUGCUUCAUUGCGUCACACUCCUUCUAAUCGAUUACAUAUGGUCAUCCAGUGUGUAUAGCCGCAGACGUUUAUACCGCCACUCUGUUUGGUAAUCAUUUCCAAAAGCAUUUCCUCUGAGCCUCCACUGUUUGCACACAGUCUGUUAUACUACUGUAUGUCUGUACACCAGACUGGGGGUCAGAACAGAAUAUUGCUUUAUAUUCAGCAGAUGAGUAGUGGGACCUGAUAUGCAAUAAUCCAGUUAAUGUGAACUAACCUUUUGUAUUGGCCAUUUUACAUUUUUAUUCAAUAUCAGCUAUGUGUGAAAUGGCACCAUUUGUUGGAUUCUCGUAGCCAAGCAGCAAGUAAACAGGCCCCUGUAUUCGCGGUAUGCUCAAAUUAAUAUCACGGCACAAAUCCGUACCCAACUACCUCAGAAAUAGAUACGCCGCCCACCCCUUUCUCUGACCAAUCAGUGACAUGAAUCCAUCAAUCAUCUACCUGGGAGAAAAGAAAAAUGGACGUAUUCCAGAUCACUAAACUCAUAAUACACUUGAAUAUGUUUGACCUCCAACUUUUCAAACAAGCUGCUGAAUGCACCAUACAGUCUGAGGCAGAUCUGUGGAUACCCCUGUUUGAAUACCACACUCAUCAUUCUGAGUGGCAUACUGUAGCUUUAUAAAUCAUUUAGCAGAUGCUUCUAUCAAAAGUGACUUAUAGAACUGUCAAUGUUGUGAAUAUAGUGACACAUUGUAGAGUGGAGGUAAGGAUGGCAUCAUAAACUCAGUUAGUGGAGGGUCGGACGAUGUGAUGGCAAGAGAGGCAUGAAGGCCUAAAGUGUCCAUUUCAGAGGUUUUCACGUGGGUUUAAAAAGUUAAUAGACAAAGCCAGAGUAGUGCUUGUGAUUAAACCUCCUUAAUUACCCAUGGUAUAAUGGCCUUUCGUACAUGCGAUUCACAUUGGGGAAUACUGACAUGUCGAUGGUUUCUCUUACAAAAGAGAUGUCCUUUCAAUGAGAUUACCCUGAAUAAAUAAUGUGGUCUUCUGUGGCUCAGUUGGUAGAGCAUGGUGCUUGCAAUGUCAGGGUUGUCGGUUCAAUUCCCGCUGGGGCCACCUACAGUGCAUUCGGAAAGUAUUCAGACCCUUUUCCUUUUUCCACAUUUUGUUACAAUACAGCCUUAUUCUAAAAUUGAUUAAAAUCAUAAAUACACAGUGGGGGAAAAAAUUAUUUAGUCAGCCACCAAUUGUGCAAGUUCUCCCACUUAAAAAGAUGAGAGAGGCCUGUAAUUUUCAUCAUAGGUACACGUCAACUAUGACAGACAAAUUGAGAUUAUUUUUUCCAGAAAAUCACAUUGUAGGAUUUUUUUAUGAAUUUAUUUGCAAAUUAUGGUGGAAAAUAAGUAUUUGGUCACCUACAAACAAGCAAGAUUUCUGGCUCUCACAGACCUGUAACUUCUUCUUUAAGAGGCUCCUCUGUCCUCCACUCGUUACCUGUAUUAAUGGCACCUGUUUGAACUUGUUAUCAGUAUAAAAGACACCUGUCCACAACCUCAAACAGUCACACUCCAAACUCCACUAUGGCCAAGACCAAAGAGCUGUCAAAGGACACCAGAAACAAAAUUGUAGACCUGCACCAGGCUGGGAAGACUGGAUCUGCAAUAGGUAAGCAGCUUGGUUUGAAGAAAUCAACUGUGGGAGCAAUUAUUUAGGAAAUGGAAGACAUACAAGACCACUGAUAAUCUCCCUCGAUCUGGGGCUCCACGCAAGAUCUCACCCUGUGGGGUCAAAAUGAUCACAAGAAUGGUGAGCAAAAAUCCCAGAACCACACGGGGGGACCUAGUGAAUUACCUGCAGAGAGCUGGGACCAAAGUAACAAAGCCUACCAUCAGUAACACACUACGCCGCCAGGGACUCAAAUCCUGCAGUACCAGACGUGUCCCCCUUCUUAAGCCAGUACAUGUCCAGGCCCGUCUGAAGUUUGCUAGAGUGCAUUUGGAUGAUCCAGAAGAGGAUUGGGAGAAUGUCAUAUGGUCAGAUGAAACCAAAAUAAAACCUUUUGGUAAAAACUCAACUCGUUGUGUUUGGAGGACAAAGAAUGCUGAGUUGCAUCCAAAGAACACCAUACCUACUGUGAAGCAUGGGGGUGGAAACAUCAUGCUUUGGGGCUGUUUUUCUGCAAAGGGACCAGGACGACUGAUCCGUGUAAAGGAAAGAAUGAAUGGGGCCAUGUGUCGUGAGAUUUUGAGUGAAAACCUCCUUCCAUCAGCAAGGGCAUUGAAGAUGAAACGUGGCUGGGUCUUUCAGCAUGACAAUGAUCCCAAACACACCGCCCGGGCAACGAAGGAGUGGCUUCGUAAGAAGCAUUUCAAGGUCCUGGAGUGGCCUAGCCAGUCUCCAGAUCUCAACCCCAUAGAAAAUCUUUGGAGGGAGUUGAAACUCUGUGUUGCCCAGCGACAGCCCCAAAACAUCAUUGCUCUAGAGGAGAUCUGCAUAGAGGAAUGGGCCAAAAUACCAGCAUCAGUGUGUGAAAACCUUGUGAAGACUUACAUAAAACGUUUGACCUGUGUCAUUGCCAACAAAGGGUAUAUAACAAAGUAUUGAGAAACUUUUGUUAUUGACCAAAUACUUAUUUUCCACCAUAAUUUGCAAAUAAAUUCAUUAAAAAUCCUACAAAUUGAUUUUCUGGAUUUUUUUUUUCUCAUUUUGUCUGUCAGAGUUGACGUGUACCUAUGAUGAAAAUUACAGGCCUCUCAUCUUUUUAAGUGGGAGAACUUGCACAAUUGGUGGCUGACUAAAUACUUUUUUUUCCCCACUGUACACACAAUAUCCCAUAAUAACAAAGCAAAAGCAGGUUUUUAGAAAGUUUAGCAAAUGUAUUACAAAUAAAAAACAGAUACCUUAUAUGCAUAAGUAUUCAGACCCUUUGCUAUGAGACUCGAAAUUGAGCUCAGGUGCAUCCUGUUUCCAUUGAUCAUCCUUGAGAUGUUUCUACAACUUCAUUGGAGUCCACCUGUGGUAAAUUCAAUUGAUUGGACAUGAUUUGGAAAGGCACACACCUGUCUAUAUAAGGUCCCACAGUUGACAGUGCAUGUCAGGCCUUUAUGGUAGAGUGACCAGACAGAAGCCACUCCUCAGUAAAAGGUACAUGACAGCCCGCUUGGAGUUUGCCAAAAUGCACCUAAUGGAUUCAGACCAUGAGAAACAAGAUUAUCUGGUCUGAUGAAACCAAGACUGAACUUUUUGGCCUGAAUGCCAAGCCUCACGUCUGGGGGAAACCUGGCACCAUCCCUAUGAUGAAGCAUGGUGGUGGCAACAUCAUGCUGUGGGGAUGUAUUUCAGCGGCAGGGACUGGGAGACUAGUCAGGAGCGAGGGAAAGAUGAAUGGAGCAAAGUACAGAGAGAUCCUUGAUGAAAACCUGCUCCAGAGCGCUCAGGACCUCAGACUGGGGCAAAGGUUCACCUUACAACAGGACAAUAACCCUAAGCACACAGCCAAGACAACGCAGGAGUGGCUUUGGGACAAGUCUCUGAAUGUACUUGAGUGGCCCAGCCAGAUCCCGGACUUGAACCCGAUCAAACAUCUCUGAAGAGAUCUGAAAAUAGCUGUGCAGCGACGCUCCCCAUCUAACCGACAGAGCUUGAGAGGAUCUGCAGAGAAGAAUGGGAGAAACUCUCCAAAUACAGGUGUGCCAAGCAUGUAGCAUCAUACCCAAGAAAACUUGAUGCCGUAAUCGCUGCCAAAGGUGCUUCAACAAAGUACUGAAUAAAGGGUCUGAAUACUUAUGUAAAUAUGAUAUUUCCGUUUUUGCUUUGUCAUUAUGGGUUAUUGUGUGUAGAUUGAUGAGAACAAACUAUUUAAUCAAUUUUAGAAUAAGGCUGUAACCUAACAAAAUGUGAAAAAAUGUAAGGGGUCUGAAUACUUUCCGAAUGCACUGUAUAUGAAAAACUUAUGCACGCAUGACUAAGACGCUUUGUAUAAAAGUGUCUGCUAAAUGGCAUAUAUUAUAUACACUGCUCAAAAAAAUAAAGGGAACACUUAAACAACACAAUGUAACUCCAAGUCAAUCACACUUCUGUGAAAUCAAACUGUCCACUUAGGAAGCAACACUGAUUGACAAUAAAUUUCACAUGCUGUUGUGCAAAUGGAAUAGACAACAGGUGGAAAUUAUAGGCAAUUAGCAAGACACCCCCAAUAAAGAAGUGGUUCUGCAGGUGGUGACCACAGACCACUUCUCAGUUCCUAUGCUUCCUAGCUGAUGUUUUGGUCACUUUUGAAUGCUUCCGGUGCUUUCACUCUAGUGGUAGCAUGAGACGGAGUCUACAACCCACACAAGUGGCUCAGGUAGUGCAGCUCAUCCAGGAUGGCACAUCAAUGCGAGCUGUGGCAAGAAGGUUUGCUGUGUCUGUCAGCAUAGUGUCCAGAGCAUGGAGGCGCUACCAGGAGACAGGCCAGUACAUCAGGAGACGUGGAGGAGGCCGUAGGAGGGCAACAACCCAGCAGCAGGACCGCUACCUCCGCCUUUGUGCAAGGAGGAGAAGGAAGAGCACUGCCAGAGCCCUGCAAAAUGACCUCCAGCAGGCCACAAAUGUGCAUGUGUCUGCUCAAACGGUCAGAAACAGACUCCAUGAGGGUGGUAUGAGGGCCCGACGUCCACAGGUGGGGGUUGUGCUUACAGCCCAACACUGUGCAGGACGUUUGGCAUUUGCCAGAGAACACCAAGAUUGGCAAAUUCGCCACUGACGCCCUGUGCUCUUCACAGAUGAAAGCAGGUUCACACUGAGCACAUAUGACAGACGUGACAGAGUCUGGAGACGCCGUGGAGAACGUUCUGCUGCCUGCAACAUCCUCCAGCAUGACCGGUUUGGCGGUGGGUCAGUCAUGGUGUGGGGUGGCAUUUCUUUGGGGGGCCGCACAGCCCUCCAUGUGCUCGCCAGAGGAAGCCUGACUGCCAUUAGGUACCGAUAUGAGAUCCUCAGACCCCUUGUGAGACCAUAUGCUGGUGCGGUUGGCCCUGGGUUCCUCCUAAUGCAAGACAAUGCUAGACCUCAUGUGGCUGGAGUGUGUCAGCAGUUCCUGCAAGAGGAAGGCAUUGAUGCUAUGGACUGGCCCGCCCAUUCCCCUGACCUGAAUCCAAUUGAGCACAUCUGGGACAUCAUGUCUCGCUCCAUCCACCAACGCCACGUUGCACCACAGACUGUCCAGGAGUUGGCGGAUGCUUUAGUCCAGGUCUGGGAGGAGAUCCCUCAGGAGACCAUCCGCCACCUCAUCAGGAGCAUGCCCAGGCGUUGUAGGGAGGUCAUACAGGCACGUGGAGUCCACACACACUAGUGAGCCUCAUUUUGACUUGUUUUAAGGACAUUACAUAAAAGUUGGAUCAGCCUGUAGUGUGGUUUUCCACUUUAAUUUUGAGGGUGACUCCAAAUCCAGACCUCCAUGGGUUGAUACAUUUGAUUUCCAUUGAUAAUUUUUGUGUGAUUUUGUUGUCAGCACAUUCAACUAUGUAAAGAAAAAAGUAUUAAAUAUGAUUUUCAUUCAUUCAGAUCUAGGAUGUGUUCUUUAAGUGUUCCCUUUAUUUUUUUGAGCAGUGUAUUCUUUUAUAUUAAAUAAAGGUUCAAUAAGAAUACACAACCAAAUCAAUUGAAUUAUUUUAUUUUUCUCGUGGGGGACUUGGAGGGCUGGUGGCCUGGCGGUUGGGAGCCUGGGCCGGUGGCUGGUGGAUCGCUGGUUCGUGUAACUGUUUUUGACAUUGUGGGAGAUCUGUCUACGUGCCCUUGAGCAGGGCGUUGACCCUGGUUGCUUCUGUGGGUCGCUCUGGAUGGGAGUCUGUUAGAUGACUAAUGUGAUGUAGAUGUUGAGCGGCUUCACUGCAAGUAGAUUGUAUGUUUUAAAUAUUCUAAUAUUAAUUUGUGUAUUUUCUGUUUUGUUUCCCCAGACACUUCCUCUUUAAAACGGGCACAGGAACAACCCCUUUCUUUGGCACAGCAACCCCAGGUUACACCAUGGCAACAGGGGCAGUGUACUCCACACCGGCACGCCCACUACCCAGAAACACCCUCUCCAGAGGGGCUUUCAAGUUCAAAAAGUCACCCAAGCACUGUUCCUGGAGGUGCACCGCCCUGAGCGCAGUGGGCGUGGCUGUCCUGCUGUCAAUUAUCCUCUGCUACUGUAUAGGUAACUAUAGCCCCUCCUUAUUGACAUUAUUGUAUUCGUCUGUAGUUAACCAUGACCCUUCCUGCUUGCACUGUACUGUGUUGAUUAUGUAGUGUAGCUAGCCACAGCCCCCCCCUAAGUAUAGAAAAGAGCAUAAGAGCAAUCAUCCCUAGAUCCAUGGACAACUAUGGGUACUACAACUAUUUUCAAAGGCCUUUCAAAUAUAUUAUCCUUGCAAAUAUAAAAUACUUGCUAUUCAACCUUAGUGGUGAAACAACCUUCAGUUCUCAGGAGAGACUUCCUGACAGCAUCCAACACACUACAACACAGGAUAUCUGUUACCCUUUCCAAUUGGUUAAACGAUAGACUUUCUGAUAGACAAGUUGACUUGACUGAAUGGCUUUGAGUCAGCUGAAUCAGCGUCGACUGACGGCUUUCUAAGCUGUGCUAAAAUUGUAUCUUCUCAUUGGUUGCAUUGCUCUUUCAGCAUCAUCUUGCUGAGCAGAUAUAGCAGAUCUUAGGAUUUUAUCCCACCUGUUGUCGUAUGUCAGUCGAGAACAGAGACAUUUCCCGAUGACACAGUCGUGUUUGAAUCUGUCAGAUCGUGGCAGUUCCACUGACAAGGGCUCUGCAUCAUCCUGUUAUUCUGAUAAAAGGCCCACAGAGUGGCAUCACUGACAGCAGGUUAGUGUUUUUCGUCAUAAAUCUUGUUCUGGAGGCAGCUCUGCAGAGUGGUCACUAGCUAGCACAGCCACAAAGUCAUAAAAUCUGAUUUUAAACCAAACCUUAAACCUAACCUUAACCACACUGCUAACCUUAAUGCCUACAAUAUAGCCAAUUUUGACUUUGCAGCUGGCCUAUCGAAGGGGAAAUCGCUCAGUUCUGCCUCCAGGUCAAGACUCAUGACAAACGUCAACCUGCUCAAUGACAUGACCCAGUCCUAUCCAUAGGAGCCUUGAAAGACUGUUUAAAUCCACCUCGACACCCUACAACAAGGGGGGGGCAAAGUACAGCCCGCGGGCCGUAUCUGGCCCGCCGGGCACUUCAAUCCGGCCCGUGAGAGAUUUUUAAAAUAUAUUAAAUAUUAUUAUAUUUUAGUUACGAUUUUUUGCCUAAAAUUACUCAUUCCAUGAUAUACAAACAACCUCCAAUAGAUGGCGCUGUAGCCUGGCAGCGCGCUCUGUAUUUGGGCCUACAGUCAGAUUCAGAAUGCGCUCAGUCGUCAUAGCCACUUCAUUGCUUGACAACUUUUGACGUGAAAAAUGAGUGCUGCGAAAAUGAGAAACGUGAACUCUGAAUGAUGGGAACAACCAGGGAAUCUACCGUGGAGCAAACUGACAAACGUCACAAGAGAUGGAUCACCAAAUCUAACCGGUAAAAACAUUGGCCUACUAAAAAGAUUACAAGACAAAGUAAAAGAAGAAAGCCCUAACUCGGAGGAAUUUAUAUUUCUUCACUGUAUUAUUCAUUAGGAAGCCCUGUGUAAAAGUGUGUUAAAGCUGGAAAAUGUUGUGAAAGUGGUUGUAAAACUUGUCAACUUUAUACGGGCAAGGGGGCUUAACCAUCGUCAGUUCAUUCAGCUGAUCAAUGACACAGAGGCAGAGCACCAGGACUUGUUGUACCAUUCAAAUGUGCGCUGGCUAAGCCUGGCAAAAGUAUUUUGCCGUGUAUAUCCUUGUUACGGUUGAUAAAGCUGACGACUUCUCCGAGUUGAAAGACACAGACUGGCUGAACGACUUUACUUUCUGUGUGGACAUAUUGGGGCAUCUGAACGAUCUAAAUGUGAAACUGCAGGGAAAUUGUGUUUUUUUGCAUGAACUGUAUUCCAAUGUGAAAGCAUUCAAGGCCAAACAUAUAUGUUGUUCUCCAGACAAAUGAGUAGCCGGUCUCUCGCUCAUUUUCUGACACUGGAAUUGCAGUGCCGCACUGAGACAUACAGUAGCACUUUUAUCGACCUGCAUGCUGAGUUUUCUCGCCGCUUCUCAGACUUCACCAAGAUUGAGACUGAGCUGGAGCUUGUAUCAUGCCCCCUGUCUUUCGACAGUGAGAAAGCACCACCAGACACACAAUUGGAGCUCAUCGACAUCAAUGUGACAGUACUUUGAAGGAGAAGUACAAAACAGCAACAAUAGACCAGUUCUAUGGCUCACUGAAUUAAACAACGUUUCCAAACAUUAAAAAGCACGCCCAAAGGAUGCUUGUUUUAUGUGUGUGAACAAACGUUCUCAGUCAUGAAUUACAACAAAUCCCGUCCCAGGUCAAAUUUAACAAAUGACCACUUGUCAGCUGUUCUGAGAAUCUCUAUAUCAAAGAUGACACCAGACUUUGAUGCCCUUGCCAAGAGAGGUGACAUUGUUCACAUUAAGACUUGAAUAACCGUGACUUGGGUAGGCAAGGAUUAUGCUUUUUCAUGGUGAUGGUUAUGCAGUGAGAAUUAUCCAGCAAUGCACUUGGAUACAGGUAAUAACUAAUCAGUCAGAUUUGGGCUGAAGUGAAUGGAUAACUGUAAAUAUGGCUCACAAUGGAGAUGAGAAUUGUUCCUUAAUAUGCUUUCAAAAACAGACCAUUCCAAAUGAAACGGAUGCUCUUACCAUAUGUUUCACUCAAAUUUUAGAAUAGUUUUUUUAACACAUCGGCUGUUACAUUUUGCAUGUCUCCAAUCAUAGAAUAAAUAUAUAUAUAUAUAUAUAUAUAUAUAUAUAUAUAUAUAUAUAUAUAUAUAUAUAUAUAUAUAUAUAUUUUUUUUUUAAAGUUUGCAUAUUGUGACUGUAAGUUUGAUUGUAGUUUACAAGGGUAGAGAUGCAGGAUCGGUGUGUGUGUUUGACUAUGUCUGUGAUUAUAUAAAUUAUAUCAAUUUUGUGAAAAAUGUGUUCACAAUAAACAAGGGUAGAGAUGGUACAAGGGUAGAAUUGUUCUGCAAGCAUAUUUACACUAGUUGUUGCGUGUCAAUGUGAAAAUGAUUAAAGGCUUCACAUGUUUUGUCACGCAUAUAGAAUGGGGCCCUUCAAAAACUCAAUGUGGCCCUUGAGCCAAAAGGUUUGCCCACUCCUGCCCUACAAUGACACUGUCUAGAGAACAACACUCCCAGCACCCUACUGACAACAUUUGGUUAUCACACGGUUGUCACUUGUCAUGACUGACCUUCUCACAACCUAUUUGUAACAUUGUGACAAUGUCAUGUGUUGAUGGGGCAUAACCCCCCCAAAAAGGGGAACUAUUCUAAGAACUUGAAAGCCUUCCUUUCCAAAGCAUUUUGAGAAGGAGCGAGGGGAGAGGAUGCGAGGAAUCGAGAACUAUAAGACUUCCUGGUGCAACAAAAUGUCUUCCAGGAAGUGCUUUCAUCUUUUUCAUUAGCACAUCAUCCUCCCCCAUAGGACAUAAUUCCCCCUGGUUUUUACAGCAUGCAUCAAAGAUGACUUCUCAAUAACCUCUAGCGGCUUGACCACAGCGAUAAAACAGGUGGAGAUUUAUCUGUCCUAACUGUCUUCCUGAGUGAUACACACUCUUAAUCUUGGUCUGUGUGACUUUCUCCUGAACUGCCAUAGGAUUCACAGGAUGACAUGCUCGUAUAUAGAGAAAUAUGUCUGUGUAGAAAUGAUGCAAUGGAGAAGACCGGGGAGAGUGAUCUCCAUAGCAGAGGGCCAUAAAAGUGCCAUAUCGAUAUCCAUGUACGUUAUCCCUUUAUGAUCUGGACCCUGUUUUUUUUAAGCGAUUCCUGUUUUUAUUGUGCUCUAACUUUCAUGUGAUUUUAAUGUGCGUGUUUUGUGGGUUGUCUUGUUUCUGGAUUCCGCUUGUACGGCUUAUGAGUGUGCCGAUGGCUUAAGGGUGUGUGUGUGUUUGUGUUCGUGUGGGCCUGUGAGUGCAUGUGUGGGAGUUCCUAUUGGUGUGAGUGUGUUAGUUGAACAGAUAUAGGCCUUCUUUGCCAGUUGCCUCAGGUUGAGUUUUUCACCUUCCUCUCUUUCAUCUGCAGCCAAAACACCUGCCAGGUGCGAUGUCUUAAAUAGCUUCAGUAUACACUUGUACACUUUGCCUCUGCCAGCCCCCAGAUAAGAAACAUAGUCCCACACAUACAUACAAGCAAACUCACAUGCACUCUCACAUGGUCUCUUUCUCUCUCUUUCUCUCUGUCUCUCGCGCACAUACGGUACAUUAGCAAGUCAAGUCAGUAAAUAGGACAGACUGCGUUGUUCUGUAUUUCAGAAAACAACUAAACUGAACAAAAAUAUAAACCCAACAUGUAAUAUGUUGGUCCCAUGUUAAAUGGGCUGAAAUAAGAGAUCUCAGAAAUGUACCAUAUGCACAAAAAGCUUAUAUCGCUCAAAUGUUGUGCACAAAUGUGUUUACAUCCCUGUUAGUGAGCAUUUUAGCCUUUGUCAAGAUAAUCAUCCACCUGACAGGUGUGGCAUAUCAAGAAGCUGAUUAAACAGCAUGAUCAUUACACAGGUACACCUUGUGCAGGGGACAAUAAAAGGCCACUCUAAAAUGUGCAGUUUUGUCACACAACACAAUGCCACAGAUGUCUCAAGUUUUGAGGGAGCGUGCAAUUGGCAUGCUGACUGCAGGAAUGUCCACCAGAGCUGUUGCCAGAGAAUUCAAUGUUCAUUUCUAUACCAUAAGCCACUUCCAACAUCGUUUUAGAGAAUUUUGCAGUACAUCCAACCGGCCUUACAACCGCAGACCACAUCUAACCACGCCAGCCCAGGACCUCCACAUCUGGCUUCUUCACCUGUGGGAUCGUCUGAGGGGAGGGGGGGUGCUGAGGAGUAUUUAUGUCUGUAAUAAAGCCCUUUUGUGGGGAAAAACUGAUUCUGAUUGGCUGGGCCUGGCUCCCAAGUGGGUGGGCCUAUGCCCUCCCAGGCCCACCAAUGGCUGCGUCCCUGCCCAGUCAUGUGAAAUCCAUAGAUUAGGAUCUAAUGAAUCUUUUAAAAUUGACUGAUUUCCUUAUAUGAACUGUAACGCAGCAAAAUCUUUAAAAUUGUUGCAUGUUGCGUUUAUUUUUGUUCAGUAUAACUGACACCAGUUUAUUUAGUAAAUAUUUUCUUAACUCUUUCUUGAAAUGCAUUGUUGGUUAAUGGCUUGUAAGUAACCUCCCGGUUCAAAUCCAGGCUCUGUCGUAGCCGGCCGCGACCGGGAGACCCAUGGGGCGGCGCACAAUUGGCCCAGCGUCGUCCACGGUAGUGGAGGGAAUGGCCGGCAGGGAUGUAGCUCAGUUGGUAGAGCAUGGCGUUUGCAACGCCAGGGUUGUGGGUUCGAUUCCCACGGGGGCCAGUAUGAAAAAAUAUAUAUAUAAUAAUGUAUGCACUCACUAACUGUAAGUCGCUCUGGAUAAGAGCGUCUGCUAAAUUAUGUAAAUGUAAUGUAAAUGUAAACAUUUCGCAGUAAGGUCAAACAAAGACACCUGUUGUAUUCGGCGCAUGUGACAAAUAACAUUUGAUUUGAUAUGCAUCCAUCCAAUUCUCCCAACUUUUCUCAAAUGUAUCCCAUUCUGCAUUCUCUCUGAUUCCACUGCAUUGUUUUAAAAAAGUGUGUUUAAAAAAAGUUUUGCUUCAGAUCAAACCACUCAGAAAUCCGAAAUGGGGGAGUUUGGCCUCCUCAGCAUGGCUUCCCUGGCAAUCUUUGAAGGAGUCUCACCCUCUCACUGUGUUCAUAGAAGACCAAGUCUCCCCAAACAACAAGACACAGCUUGAUAGCGUCCUAUUCAGAGACAGGGGUUGGAGGAAUAAAACGGCAUUUUGGUUGGUUACGCAAGACUAGACUAGCAAAACUAGAUAGUUUGAGGCUCGAAGCCACUUUUACCCUCUGACACGUAAAUACACACAAACAAUUGGGUUUUCUGAUAAUUGUUUUAAAUGUAGGGCUGUGUUUGUUUUGAAUUGCUUGCUUUGUAUUAGAGGAGUUGAGGAGUAGACCCUCAUCUGCCUCCUCCUGUCUGUUUGGUAACAAAUGUUUGGGUUUUUAAAUACAACGUCCCGCUGCGCUCUUUGAUGCAGUGCUGUUUGUGUCCUGACACUAGUGUGCCUAAAGAGCCACAGCAGUGUUCCUCCUCUCCUCAGUAUUGAUUGUGCUUGCUGUGUCUGGGCCCUGUUGGGUUUUAAAGUAGAGCACUUAGCCUACAUGGGGAACACCCAUAGUAAGCUAACCUAGUACAAAAUAAUUCCCACUCUUUAGUAUUUCUUAGACAUUGAAGAUGUAGGGCCAUAUAGAAGGAGGGAAGUGAGUCAUGAUCACUUUAAUGUGAUUAAUGCAGAGGGGACAAGGCUACCCUUGGCCACACAAUGAUGUAUUGUCUGAACUCUUUUUCCUGGAAAUGCUGUCCAGCAAGUGUUGUGUCUUAACGAUUUGAUCAUUUGCCCUAACCCUAUUAUAUUCCACUGUUUUGUUCACAUUACAGCAAUGCACUUUUUCGGCCUCAACUGGCAACUUCAAGGAACAGAAAACCAACCCACGUUUGAGAAUGGAGUGGUGAAGGCUUUGCCCACUCAACCAAGCAUAUUGACAGUACUCUCAGCUGACUAUGGUAAGGACAUUAGCAAAACCUAUAGCAUAUUCCGAUAGCUCUUUACCUACUUGUUAUAUAUUUAGCAUACAUUUGGGGAAGGAACACAACAUAUGUCUAUGUUUUUGAAUAUGCUCGUAGCCCUAAAUUGCACUGGAUGCUUGUUUGUUUGUUCAUUCGGCUUGCUAAUGUGAUGCAUUUGUCUCAGCACAAAAAUGGUCCCAAACAGUAGCCUAGCCUAUACAGUAGAUACCUUCUGAAUUGUAAUCGACAGAGUCCAGAUAGCUUUGCACAACCUAAUCAUUAUACUGUACCCCAUUCAGCCUUUACCAGUAGAGGUCUGUAAUUUUUUUAUGUGAUGUCUGCCACGUGUGCCACCUUCCUUCACCUUUACAGCAAAAGGCCACUGACUUAACCUUUGCACAUUAUUAGGUAUUUAAGAUGUACAGCCAUGAUGGUAUUAAUUGGGUUUGAGGAGGCAGAUGAAAGCUCAGUGUGAUUUAAACUGGGCUAGAUUUAAAAUCUCGUAAGUAGUGCUAAGGAAGAUAGCAGGAGGCUCGUUUGGGAGUGUUUAAAGGCAAUCGAUAGCAGGUCAUUUUCUCUCUGGAGGUAAACGUGUCUCUGUACGUCUUCAUUUUGGAGUCGAGGUAAAGUGACAGGAAAGGUCCUCCUGCACAAACACCCUCAAACAAAGAUAGAAAACACACACAUUAUAUAACCACCUUAACUACCUUCACAGGUAUUAACGGAGCACCAAAAGCACAAAUGGUCUUGGUUUUUAUGGUCUUUGUUUUAAACUGUGAAAUGGGAAGCUGACAUAACUACAUAGUAUGAAAAAUGUAUGCACUCACUAACUGUAAGUCGCUCUGGAUAAGAGCGUCUGCUAAAUGACUAAAAUGUAAAAUGUAAUGGAUUCAUAGCAAGAAUUUUGGAUUAAUAUUGUCUGUCUUAAUUUAAAUUCCGGAGGGCCAUUGUGAGAUAAAAUGUAAAUCAUUUUUUAUUUACAUUUAAUUUCAAUAGUCCUGCUUUAGUUCCACUCAUACGUUUAUCCUAAGUGGUUUUUAAAAUAAAUAUCAGGCAAACAUAUUUUAACAUUAAUGCUUUGAGCAUAACAUCACUGUACACCGAAGUAAGGUAUUUAACUUUUCAUUUGAGAAUGAGUCAAAUCUAAUUUUAUUCGUCACAUGCUUCGUAGGUGUGGACUAACAGUGAAAUGCUUACUUACGGACCCUUCCAAACAAUACAGAGAGAAAGAAAAUAGAGAAAUAAUAGAAAAGUAAACACGCAAUAAUAAAAGUAAUAAUAGAGACACAAUGAGUCACGAUAACUUGGCUACAUACACAGGGUACCAGUACCGAGUUGAUGUGCAGGGGGUACGAGGUAAUUGAGGUAGAUACUGUAUCACAGGAGGUUGGUGGUACCUUAAUUGGGGGCUCGUGGUAACGGCUGGAGCGGAAUUGGUGGAAUGGUAUCAAAUACAUCAAACCGAUGGUUUCCAUGUGUUUGAUGCCAUUCCAUUUACUCCGUUCCAGACAUUAUUAUGAGCCGUCCUCCCCUCAGCAGCCUCCACUGUACUGUAUGUACAUAAUAACUAGGGAAAAAGUGACAGAUAGUAAACAGUAGCAGCAGUGUAUGUGAUGAGUAAAAAAAGUGAGUGCAAAAAGGGUCAAUAGUCCGGGUAGCUAUUUGGUUAACUAUUUAACUAACUAUUUAGGAGUCUAAUGGCUUGGGGGUAGAAGCUGUUCAAGGUCCUGUUGGUUCCAGACUUGGUGCAUCGGUACCGCUUGCCGUACGGUAGCGAAGAGAACAAUCUAUGACUUAGGUGGCUGGAGUCUUUGACAAUUCUUGGGGCCUUCCUCUGACACCGCCUGAUAUAGAGGUCCUGGAUAGCAGGGAGGUCCACCCCAGUGAUGUACUGGGCCGUACGCACUACCCUCUGUAGCGCCUUGCGGUGGGAUGCCGAGCAGUUGCCAUACCAGGCGGUGAUGCAACCAGUCAGGAUGCUCUUAUUGGUGAAGCUGUAGAACUUUUUGCGGAUCGAGGGCCCAUGCCAAAUCUUUUCAGCCUCCUGAGGGGGAAGAGGCAUUGUCGUGCCCUUUUUACAACUGUGUUGGUGUGUUUGGACCAUGAUAGAUCCUUAGUGAUGUGGACACCGAGGAACUUGAAGUUCUCGACCAGCUCCACUUCAGCCCCCUCAAUGUGAAUGGUGGUGUGCUCGGCCCUCUGUUUCCUGUUGUCCACGAUCACCUACUUUGUCUUUCUGACGUUGAGGGAGAGGUUGUUGUCACGGCACCACACUGCCAGGUCUAUGUCCUCCUCCCAUAGGCCAGGGAUCAUCAAUUAGAUUCAGCUGCGGGACGAUUUUCUUCUUGAGCUGAUGGUCAGGGGGCCGGUACAUAAUUACAAAUAAUUUGUAGACUACAAAUUGACCGCAAGAACGGUCCCCUGUUAUAGGCUGUCUCAUCGUUGUUUGUGAUCAGGCCUACCACCGUCGUGUUGUCGGCAAAUUUAUGUUUGAUUGUAACUCAGGCAGAGUCAUGUUUAAGUGGGUGUCUUUGCAGCUACAUUAACCUUUAAAAGCAUCACUUCCCAAUCCUUAUCAUGUAUUGUUACAGUACUGUACCAGGUAAUGUAUCAACUAUUACGUUUAGUGAAUCACCAGUACCACACAAAAGAUAGGGCAACAAAUGGCAAAACGAUCUGUUCCAGUCUCAUAAUGGAGCAACCAGCUAGGGUCUAUUUGAGUGAGAAUAAAGAAGUUUAUAUCAUCAACUGAAUUUGUACCAGGAAGUAGAAAUACCUUGAACUACUGAAGCUGACUUGUAUUUCCAUGUUUGACUGUGCUGUAUCUAAUGAGCAAGACUCAUAUCUAUGAGGGCCAGCGAUAUAGACUGUGAGCCAUGUGUCUGUAUCAUAUCAAAUCAAAUCAAGAUUUAUUUAUACACCACAUUUCAGACAUGGAAUGCAACGCAAUGUGCUUCACAGGAAAAAACGAAUAAAAAUAAACUAUGAAAAUAAAAACAGAAAUAUUUACUACACAACAAACAUAAGAGGAUAAAAAACAAAAGAAUAACAGUAAAACUGAAGGACUAAAAAGCACCCUAAGGAAAAGCAAAGCUAAAAAGGUGUGUUUAAGAUCUCUUUUAAAUGUCCACAUUUUCGGCCCCCCUCAGGUUCUCUGGUAGGCUUUUCCAGAGGCUGGGGGCAUAAUAACUAAAGGCUGUCUCCAUUUUAUUUAAAUCAAGGUGAUAUUGAAAAUGUUAUCAUUUUGCCGAAAAUGGGUUCACAGAAUAGAAGAACAGAUGUUUGUGAAACUGUAACUGUGGUUUCAGAGCGCUUGUAUAGGUAUAGUUUUCGAAUAUGGUGAUGAACGGUAAGUGCUCUCUCUUACUCCCCUCCAGGCAGGACUGGUGCGGCCCAUCAAGAAAACAACUCCAUUGACACCGGGCAAGUGGAAGUGGGCAGGAGGGUAGAUCAGGGAAUACCGCCGGGGGUGUUCUGGCGCUCUCGGCUGGCUAUGGAACAGCCGCGCUUCCUCAAGUUCAAUAUCUCUGUUCAGAAGAAUGCACUGGUUGGGGUCUACGGGAGGAAGGGUCUCCCACCAUCUCACACACAGGUAAAUGGUACAUCUGUUGAGUAGGGUGGAAAAAUCUGACUGUAUGAUUUUUGCAAAAUGACAUAGAAAUCCACUGCCAUGCUUAGAAUAUUUGUCUUUUCAGUUUUAUUUUUUACAAAGUAAAGUGUUUUGUGAAGUGUCACAAGACAAAGUUUUAUUUGUAGCGCUGUUCAUCAACUGAAUGACCAGAUUCUAAUACUUAAAGCAGGGAUCAUCGACUAAAUUCAGGAGUGGGACGAUUAUUCCUUGAGCGGAUGGUCGGGGGACAGGAACAUAAUUACAAAUAUUUUGCAGGCUGCAAAUUGACUGCAAGAAGCCCAAACAGAUAUAAUAUUUCACUAAAACAUUAUCAUUUCAAACAUUGCUUACAUUUGUAUAUGAUUACGUGUCUCUCUAUUAUGUGUGGGAAUAAUUGGGAACAGAUUUCCAAAAUUAAAAUCAAUUGGAGCUCAUUUCCUGGUAUUUUUAGUCUUAUAUAUCCAACAAUAAAAAGUACAUACACUACCAGUCAAAAGUUUGGACACACAUACUCAUUCAAGGGUUUUUCUUUAUUUUUACAAUUGUAUAUAUUGUAGAAUAAUAGUGAAGACAUCAAAACUAUGAAAUAACACAUAUGGAAUCAUGUAGUAACCAAAAAAGUGUUAGAAAAAUCAAGAUAUAUUUUAUAUUUGAGAUUCUUCAAAUAGCCACCCUUUGCCUUGAUGACAGCUUUGCACACUUUUGGCAUUCUCUCAACCAGCGUCACCUGGAAUGCUUUUCCAACAGUCUUGAAGGAGUUCCCACAUAUGCUGAGCACUUGUUGGCUACUUUUCCUUCACUCUGCGGUCCAACUCAUCCCAAACCAUCUCAAUUGGGUUGAGGUCAGGUGAUUGUGGAUGCCAGGUCAUCUGAUGCAGCAUUCCAUCACUCUCCUUCUUGGUCAAAUAGCCCUUAGCCUGGAGGUGUGUUGGGUCAUUCUCCUGUUGAAAAGUCGGACGUUUACAUACACUUAGGUUGGAGUCAAUAAAACUUGUUUUUCAACCACUCCACAAAUUUCUUGUUAACAAACUAUAGUUUUGGCAAGUCGGUUAGGACAUCUACUUUGUGCAUGACACAAGUAACUUUUCCAACAAUUGUUUACAGACAGAUUAUUUCACUUAUAAUGCACUGUAUCACAAUUCCAGUGGCUCAGAAGUUACACUAAAUUGACUUAGCCUUUAAACAGCUUGGAAAAAUCCAGAAAAUGAUGUCAUGGCUUUAGAAGCUUCUGAUAGGCUAAUUUACAUAAUUUGAGUCAAUUGGAGGUGUACCUGUGGAUGUAUUUCAUUGCCUACCUUCAAACUCAGUGCCUAUUUGCUUGACAUCACGGUAAAAUCAAAAUAAAUCAGCCAAGACCUCAGAAAAAAAAUUGUAGACCUCCACAUGUCUGGUUCAUCCUUGGGAGCAAUUUCCAAACGCCUGAAGGUACAUGUUCAUCUGUACAAACAAUAGUACUCAAGUAUAAACACCAUGGGACCACGCAGCCGUCAUACUGCUCAGGAAGGAGACGUGUUCUGUCUCCUAGAGAUGAACAUACUUUGGUGCAAAAAGUGCAAAUCAAUCCCAGAACAACAGCAAAGGACCUUGUGAAGAUGCUGGAGGAAACAGGUACAAUAGUAUCUAUAUCCACAGUAAAACGAGUCCUAUAUCAUCAUAACCUGAAAGGCCGCUCAGCAAGGAAGAAGCCACUGCUCCAAAACCGCCAUAAAAAAGCCAGACUACGGUUUGCAACUGCACAUGGGGACAAAGAUGACCAUCGUUGACCAUCAUGGAGGAAAAGGGGGUUGCUUGCAAGCCGAAGAUCAUCAUCCCAACCGUGAAGCACGGGGGUGGCAGCAUCAUGCUAUAGGGUUGCUUUGCUGCAGGAGGGACUGGUGCUCUUCACAAAAUAGAUGGCAUCUUGAGGAAGGAAAAUUAUGUGGAUAUAUUGAAGCAACAUCUCAAGACAUCAGUCAGGAAGUUAAAGCUUGGUCGCAAAUGUGUCUUCCAAAAGGAAAAUGACCCCACCCCAAAAUGGCUUAAGGACAACAAAGUCAAGGUAUUGGAGUGGCCAUCACAAAGCCCUGACCUCAAUUCUAUAGAAAAUAUGUGGGCAGAGCUGAAAAAGCGUGUGUGAGCAAGGAGGCCUACAAACCUGACUCAGUUACACCAGCUCUGUCAGGAGGAAUGGGCCAACAUUCACCCAACUUAUUGUGGGAAGCAUGUGGAAGGCUACCCGACAUGUUUGACCCAAGUUAAACAAUUUAAAGGCUACCAAAUACUAAUUGAGUGUAUGUAAACUUCUGACCCACUGGGAAUGCGAGGAAAUAAUUAAAAGCUGAAAUAAACCAUUUUCUCUACUAUUAUUCUGACAUUUCACAUUCUUAAAAUAAAGUGGUGAUCCUAACUGACCUAAGACAGGGAAUUUUUACUAGGAUUAAAUGUCAGGAAUUGUGAAAAACUGUGUUUAAAUGUUUAAAUGGCUAAGGUGUAUGUAAACUUCCGACUUCAACUGUAUAUAUAACAUUCUAUUGGUUUUGUAUAAUAAUUGGAAUUGGAAAAUUCUAAGUUUUGAAUCCGGUGUCUUUUUGUUUAUCAGCUCAUAAACCAUGUGCCAUGGAAUCGGUACAUCGAAAAUCUCUUCCCAACUAUUUUGCAAUCUAAAUUGCACAACUGUAAAGAAAAUUGUCCUUAAAAGAAACUGGUAUACUUUAUUUAUCACAGUUUUAUUUAACCAAUGUUGGUCUUUAAUGCAGGACCGACAGACAAGUUUCUUACUUUUUCCCCUUUCUACUUGCCUCUUCCAUUUUUGCGGUAAUGCUGCAAUUAGUUGGGUGUAAUUUUGGGUAGAGCAGACAUUUCCAUAUAUUUGUUUUAGCUGCAUGUGUGACAUACAGUGCGGGGAAUAAAGUAUUUGAUCCCCUGCUGAUUUUGUACGUUUGCCCACUGACAAAGACCAUGAUCAGUCUAUAAUUUUAAUGGUAGGUUUAUUUGAACAGAGAGACAGAAUAACAACAAAAAAUCCAGAAAAACGCAUGUCUAAAAUGUUAUAAAUUGAUUUUCAUUUUAAUAAGGGAAAUAAGUAUUCGACCCCUCUGCAAAACAUGAUUUAGUACUUGGUGGCAAAACCCUUGUUGGCAAUCACAGAGGUCAGAUGUUUCUUGCAGUUGGCCACCAGGUUUGCACACAUCUCAGGAGGGAUUUUGUCCCACUCUUCUUUGCUGGCUAGGCCACUCCAGGACCUUAAUGUGCUUCUUCUUGAGCCACUCCUUUGUUGCCUUGGCCGUGUGUUUUGGGUCAUUGUCAUGCUGGAAUACCCAUCCACGACCCAUUUUCAAUGCCCUGGCUGAGGGAAGGAGGUUCUCACCCAAGAUUUAACGGUACAUGGCCCCGUCCAUCGUCCCUUUGAUGUGGUGAAGUUGUCCUGUCCCCUUAGCAGAAAAACACCCCCAAACCAUAACGUUUCCACCUCCAUGUUUGAUGGUGGGGAUGGUAUUCUUGGGGUCAUAGGCAGCAUUCCUCCUCCUCCAAACACGGCGAGUUGAGUUGAUGCCAAAGAGCUCAACACUUUCACCCAGUUCUCCUCUGUAUCAUUCAGAUGUUCAUUGGCAAACUUCAGACGGGCCUGUAUAUGUGCUUUCUUGAGCAGGGGGACCUUGCGGGCGCUGCAGGAUUUCAGUCCUUCACGGCGUAGUGUGUUACCAAUUGUUUUCUUGGUGACUAUGGUCCCAGCUGCCUUGAGAUCAUUGACAAGAUCCUCCCGUGUAGUUCUGGGCUGAUUCCUCACCGUUCUCAUGAUCAUUGCAACUCCACGAGGUGAGAUCUUCCAUGGAGCCCCAGGCCGAGGGAGAUUGACAGUUAUUUUGUGUUUCUUCCAUUUGUGAAUAAUUGCACCAACUGUUGUCACCUUCUCACCAAGCUGCUUGGCGAUGGUCUUGUAGCCCAUUCCAGCCUUGUGUAGGUCUACAAUCUUGUCCCUGACAUCCUUGGAGAGCUCUUUGGUCUUGGCCAUGGUGGAGAGUUUGGAAUCUGAUUGAUUGAUUUGCUUCUGUGGACAAGUGUCUUUUACACAGGUAACAAAAUGAGAUUAAGAGCACUCCCUUUAAGAGUGUGCUCCUAAUCUCAGCUCGUUACCUGUAUAAAAGACACCUGGGAGCCAGAAAUCUUUUUGAUUGAGAGGAGGUUAAAUACUUAUUUCCCUCAUUAAAAUGCAAAUCAAUUUAUAACAUUUUUGACAUGUGUUUUUCUGGAUUUUUUUGUUGUUAUUCUGUCUCUCACUGUUCAAAUAAACCUUCCUAUAGACUGAUCAUUUCUUUCUGUGGGCAAACGUACAAAAUCAGCAGGGGAUCAAAUACUUUUUUCCCUCACUGUAUUUGUUCUGUCUUUUCUGGUGGAUUAAACUGAAAUUUAACCAAAUUUCUAUGGCUUGUUUUAAAAAUAGUGAUGUUUAUGAGAUGAUUUCAUUUUCGAAUAACCGAAAGUGAUAGGUUGUAAUCUGAAUAAAGGGGAAAAGGCACAUUUUUACUAAUCUGCUAUAGAACCAGUUUGAAUUUAAGUGUAACUUUUGUGUGACAGAAGCCUGAGAGGUCUAAUGCUUUAAUAUUUAAUAGACACAAAUUCCCCCACCACUGCCUUAAAAACGGUCUGUUAAAUUGCCAGGGAGAUAAAUCAAUAUGUUUAUGUAACUGAGCAUGAAAGACCCCAAUGAGAGAUAUUGACCGUUGGUUACAUUCACAGCCUGAGUUGAGGAACAACUUACCUACCCCACUUUUUUUUUUUUUACUCAAUUUGUUAUUGUCUUACUCUGCAUGAUUAAUCAAUUGUCUAAAACUAGGUUUUGUGAAGAAAUUAUCAACAAUAGUUUGAAUUCCCAAGCAGGGGCGGUGUGUUCAUUAGGGCGAUAUGGGCGACGCACUGCCAAACGGGAAAAGGAAGGGAUUUUUUUUCUAAUCAAUUAUAUCACGGCAACAGUAGUUAUCAGUGUUCUAAUCUAGACGUCUGAUCUGCCACUAAAUGUCCAAUCAGGCUAAAGUCGUGCUUCAAAUGGCCCCGCCCCUUUUGGGGCGAUUUCAGUCAGGUUGAAAAUAGCCCCAGAAGUCUCUCAUAGACUCUCAUGUAAAAUCUUUUUUUUUCAAAUAUCAGAGCUUUCAAUACAAUCUCUAUGGGUUCCGGGAGAACUUGCACUUACGCGCUUUCGUCAUACGUAACAUAACCAUGAACGUAACUAAGAAAAGAGCGGGUAGCAGCGUCAAUCAAUUCACGUACUACUGUCAAGAUGGCUAGCGUUCAGUGCAACUCGAUUGUCUUUUUGAAAGAAGUUCCUUUUUGUCGGCGAACAAAUCAAGAUAAAUUGGCAACGAAACAAUUAGGACCUCCCAGACCAAAUUUAAUAAUUCAACAUGUUUCUACUAAAGGGGGAAAGUCCUACACCCGAGGAUUUUCCAAAAAUUGGUACGAACGAAAAACCUGGCUAGCAGGCUGCGAUGUAGCUAAUGCAGUCUUCUGCUACCCCUGCUUACUCUUUCACCCUGAAGGCGGCACGGCAGACAGCACCGCUUGGACAGCGACUGGUGUAACGGACAUGCACCAUCUUUCAGAAAAGAUUAAGAAACAUGAGCUGUCAAAGACCCACAUGGAUAGCUGUUUGAGAUUGUCUGCUUUGGAGAGAGUGAACAUUGCCACUCAACUGGAUGAGGGAUACAGGCUAGCUGUCCGCCGCCACAACGAUGAGGUUAGCAAGAACCGCCACAUCCUCAGCUGGCUAAUCCAGUGUGUGAAGUUUUGCGGAGUGUUUGAGUUAGCUUUGCGAGGCAAAGAUGAAACUGAGGGCUCCACCAACCCUGGUAUUUUUCUUGGACUUGUCAACUUUGUGGCACAAUUAGAUGAGGUGUUUUAUGGAAAUGCAUAUUGUUUAUGCAGUGUUGAGGAAUGUGAAAGAACACCCUUGAUUAUUUUUACUGUGAUAACUUAUUUUGCUUCUGUAAGCCAACACUUUUGAGAUCAGUCAAUAAAUGCUUCUGGUAUUGACUUAUAUGCUGCCCCUGUCUUCAUGUUGUUGCUGGACAUAUCUUUUUUAAAAUGUGUGUAGGUCACCUAAAUCAUCAGAAAAAUUGCCCCCCCUGAGAAUUUUUUCAGGAGCCGCCACUGUUCCCAAGUACUAGCUAAUAAAUAUUUGUGGUUUAUUGGGUGGCCCAGCUAGGCUUGGCUUCUUGUCCAUUAUUAUUUGCUCCUAUUGUUAGAUUGAGAUGAGCCUUUGCCAAAUAAUCAAGACGCACACACUGGUCUGGGAGUAAAGGAAUGGUUGGGUUCUGUACUUCUUUUACUUGGCCCCCUGGCCACCAACACAAAAUGGCCUACAUCAGCAGGGUAAUAUCUCUUCUCUGCCCCUCAGCUCCUCUCAUAAGGGUUUAAACCACUGAGAGUUGACUUCGCUCACCCUUAAUUUAAUGCUGUAUUUCCUAUCCGUACUGAGUCAGUUGGAGAGUUGCUUUGUGUUGUGUUCGCUGCAUGUCCCAUUUCUGAUACUAAAUCCUUUUUUAAUGUGCUCUUUUCUUCUUUCAACACUCUGUUUUGUGUUUGUGUGAAUGAAACACAGUUAGCAUUCAGAAUGAAAAGGAUCAGUCUUCUGGAAAAUCUUUACUUCGACUCAAUUAAAUCGUGGAUAGCUCCUUUAAUGUCAAAUUAGAUACUUUUUUUAACAGAUAUUUUGCACCUGGAACAACAAAGAAUGUCACGUCAGCAUUUUUCAUCAUCUUAUGUCAAGUGACCAAUGAAUAAGUCCCAAUUGACGUCUCUGCUUGACCUUUCUUCAGUAUGACUUUGUGGAGCUGCUGGAUGGCAGCAGACUCAUCGCCAAAGAGAGGCGGGCUUCCACAGAGUCGGAAGCCAGGGGGUGGAUGGAGCACCAGGUCAGCCUGCACCAAGCUGGCUUCAUCCGGUACCUGGACUCUGGGGUGUGGCAUCUGGCCUUCUACAAUGACGGGAAGACCCCGGAGACAAUAUCAUACAACACCAUCAUCCUAGGUAAGGGACCACCCCUGUAAAAUGGGUGAGGAGGGCACUGUAGAUUUGUUAUGAAGUAUUUUUCCAGGGAAAGGUACUUAUUGGAGGUUAUUUUCCCCCAAGUUACUGAGUGAGCGUUCCUCUUUAGAGAAUGAAUGGAUAGUUGGCACUGGCAGGCCAGAUUACCACAUACAGUGGGGAGAACAAGUAUUUGAUACACUGCGACAUUGCAGGUUUUCCUACUUACAAAGCAUGUAGAGGACUGUAAUUUUUAUCAUAGGUACACUUCAACCGUGAGAGACGGAAUCUAAAACAAAAAUCCAGAAAAUCACAUUAUAUGAUUUUUAAGUAAUUAAUUUGCAUUUCAUUGCAUGACAUAAGUAUUUGAUACAUCAGAAAAGCAGAACUUAAUAUUUGGUACAGAAACCUUUGUUUGCAAUUACAGAGAUCAUUUGUUUCCUGUAGGUCUUGACCAGGUUUGCACACACUGCAGCAGGGCUUUUGGCCCACUCCUCCAUACCUUCUCCAGAUCCUUCAGGUUUCAGGGCUGUUGCUGGGCAAUACGGACUUUCAGCUCCCUCCAAAGAUUUUCUAUUGGGUUCAGGUCUGGAGACUGGCUAGGCCACUCCAGGACCUUGAGAUGCUUCUUACGGAGCCACUCCUUAGUUGCCCUGGCUGUGUGUUUCAGGUCGUUGUCAUGCUGGAAGACCCAGCCACGACCCAUCUUCAAUGCUCUUACUGAGGGAAGGAGGUUGUUGGCCAAGAUCUCGCAAUACAUGGCCCCAUCCAUCUUCCCCUCAAUACGGUGCAGUCGUCCUGUCCCCUUUGCAGAAAAGCAUCCCCAAAGAAUGAUGUUUCCACCUCCAUGCUUCACGGUUGGAAUGUUCUUGGGGUUGUACUCAUCCUUCUUCCUCCAAACACGGCGAGUGGAGUUUAGACCAAAAAGCUACAUUUUUGUCUCAUCAGACCACAUGACCUUCUCCCAUUCCUCCUCUGGAUCAUCCAGAUGGUCAUUGGCAAACUUCAGACGGGCCUGGACAUGCGCUGGCUUGAGCAGGGGGACCUUGCGUGCGCUGCAGGAUUUUAAUCCAUGACGGCGUAGUGUGUUACAAAUGGUUUUCUUUGAGACUGUGGUCCCAGCUCUCUUCAGGUCAUUGACCAGGUCCUGCUGUAUAGUUCUGGGCUUUCCCUCACCUUCCUCAUGAUCAUUGAUGCCCCACGAGGUGAGAUCUUGCAUGGAGCCCCAGACCGAGGGUGAUUGACCGUCAUCUUGAACUUCUUCAAUUUUCUAAUAAUUGCGCCAACAGUUGUUGCCUUCUCACCAAGCUGCUUGCCUAUUGUCCUGUAGCCCACCCCAGCCUUGUGCAGAUCUACAAUUUUAUCCCUGAUGUCCUUACACAGCUCUCUGGUCUUGGCCAUUGUGGAGAGGUUGGAGUCUGUUUGAUUGAGUGUGUGGACAGGUGUCUUUUAUACAGGUAACGAGUUCAAACAGGUGCAGUUAAUACAGGUAAUGAGUGGAGAACAGGAGGGCUUCUUAAAGAAAAACUAACAGGUCUGUGAGAGCCGGAAUUCUUACUGGUUGGUAGGUGAUCAAAUACGUAUGUCAUGCAAUAACAUGCAAAUUAAUUACUUAAAAAUCAUACAAUGUGAUUUUCUGGAUUUUUGUUUUAGGUUCCGUUUCUCACAUUUGAAGUGUACCUAUGAUAAAAAAUUACAGACCUCUAUAUGCUUUGUAAGUAGGAAAACCUGCAAAAUCGGCAGUGUAUCAAAUACUUGUUCUCCCCACUGUACAUACAUACACUAAUCAAGAAUUUAAACUACAUCUACAGACUAUAUGAUGCAAGCAUAAUUUGUUGAUUGGGCUGUGUGAAUUGUCUUAUGCAUAUUUUACGCCUUUACAUAGCAGGAAUAUCUCCAUCCCUUAGGACAGUCUCCUCAUGGUCGUGCUGGCUCACGAAUUGUGUUGUGGGAAAAGAGAAAACAGGCUGAGUUCAUGUUUUGCCUUGGGGAAUUCCGUCAAUCCGUUUCUAAAGAUAUGGAGUUAUCGAUAUCCAAUGUCAGAAUUGCCUGGAUCUCUUGAAACCAGGGUUUGGAACCAAAAUUAUUUUCCAAUCAUUUCGUACUGAAUAUAACCAUUAUUUUUCUCGUUCUGUUUCACUAUUCCGUCCUGCAAAAUAAAGUUCUGGACCGGAUCUAACCCAAAACAAGUAACGGUUUAUAUCGUUCCAUCUGUUCCUUUUUAAGGAUCUAAAAUUUAUUUAUUUUAUUUUAUUUAGCGCUACAUUAAAUUACUUCACCAAUCAGUGCGGAUAGACCUGCUUGCUAUGGAGCGGGCAAGCUAUAAUUGUUUAACUACAUGCAUUGGACAGACACAUUUUGCAGGUGGGGAGAGAGCGAGAGAAGGUGGGAUGUGCUGAUCUCGUCAUACUCUUAUUCUUAAUCGUACUCUUACACUUGAUACUCGUAAUUGGAUUUACUGGUGAUCGGGAAACACGGAAGUGCGCUUUAAAUGCCCGUAAAGCCUAUACCUGAAGUGAUCGCAUCUCCGAGCGCAUCAAUAUGUUAAUUCACUCAUUCACACACAUUGUUCAAAGGUAAACGACCUUGACAGAUGAAAAUGCACAGUAGGGCUAUUUACUUAUCAUUGAAAUAGGCUAAUAAAUACCCUAAUGCAUGGCUGUCUACUACUGCCUGCAUGUAUUCCAGACACAUAUAUAGAUGACAUUAGGCUAAUUCGCUUUCCCCAUAUAUUGUUUCACUUUCGAGAGUAGCAAAACGUUUCUCUCCCGACACUUAUGCUACAGCAUUUGUACAAUCAACAUAAACAUUUGUAAUUCUAUUUUUGAAUGAUCUGUCGCUCGGUAAACAUGCCUGGGCGAGAUUAAAUAAUAGCAAGAAGCAUGAGCUUGGAUCACAAGAUGGACAGGACAGACAAAGUAGGCCUACUAAACAACGCCAUUAGACAGACAAAAACAACCAUAUGGCCUCAGUCUACAGAAAAUAAUUAGAUUGAACAACAAUGACUAGCUACGGAUUCUGAUUCAUACAUUAUGUUUGGAGAAGGGGAGACUUGUGCCCUGAGACGAGUGACUGUGAGUGAGUGACUGAGUGAAACAUCAACUUGUGUGUCUGUCUGGGGAAAUGAGAGUAGACGGAGAGUGGCUUGUUCUAAUCCAAUCGUUGCAGCAGGCUCAACCGAUACUCCGCCAGUUUCUUUACAGACAGAAGAACUAGCCAAUAGUUAUUUGGAGCACACAGCGGAUAAUUACCCAAAUUAGUCGUGUCAUAAUCAUAUUCAGAAAAUAUCAGUUACCCGUUUUGUCCGAGUACUCGCCACACCCCUACUAACAAGCUUGUGUGUGAAGAGCGGCACCAGAAUUAAAGUAAAAACACGUCUUACAUUUUUGUAGUUAAUAAAUCCAAUGUGAAACAUGAUAACUGUAGUAUCCUUAACUAGCAUUGAAUAAGUUAAUCCAUUCUUCUCUAAUUAAAAAUCUCUCUCCCUAAUUUCUGAAUCACGCUUGUAACAUCAGUGGGCUAUGCUUCGGAGGGGCAGGUAGCCUACACAAGCGCACACACUGGCAAAGAUUUUCAGCUGGCAGGCAGGCACUGGAAUACGUUUCUAAAUGACAGAGUGAGGGCUUUGCAUAGGCGCUUUGUUGCAUUUUUUGUGGGACUGGAAAAAAAUGUCUGGAACAUAAAAUUAUGUUAUUAAUCGGUUCCCAUGCUUUUAAAAAAACGGUUCUGUUCCGGAACGGUAUAGAUAAUGUUUGUUCCCGGUUCUGAUUCCGGUUCUAAUAUUGUUUUUGAUGUCAUUCUUUUCCAGUUUUUGGUUCUGUUCCCUGGACCAGUUCCAACCCCUGGUUGAAACUGACCUCCUAGUAGUCUUCAAAAGAAAUAAAAACUAAACGAGCCCCCAGCCUAGGGGGAGUUCCCUUUAUGAGUGUGUUGUUUUAGCUGUGUGCUUAGGGUCGUGGUCUUGUUGGAAGGUGAACCUUCAGCCCAGUCUGAGGUCCUGAACACUCUGGAGCAGGUUUUCAUCAAGGAUCUCUCUGUACUUUGCUCCAUUCAUCUUUCACUCGAUCCUGACUAAUCUCCCAGUCCCUGCUGAUGGAAAAACAUCCCCACAGCAUGAUGCUGCCACCACCAUGUUUCACCGUAGGGAUGGUGCCAGGUUUCCUCCAGACGUGAUGCUUGGCUUUCAGGCCAAAGAGUUCAAUCUUGGUUUCAUCAGACCACUUGAGAGUCUUUAGGUGCCUUUUGGCAAACUCCAAGCGGGCCGUCAUGUGCCUUUUACUGAGGAGAGGCUUCCGUCUGGCCACUCUACCAUAAAGGCCUGAUUGGUGGAGUGCUGCAAAGAUGAUUGUCCUUCUGGAAGGUUCUCCCAUCUCCACAGAGGAACUCUGGAGCGGCCAGCUCUAGGAAGAGUCUUGGUGGUUCCAAACUUCUUCCAUUUAAGAAUGGUGGAGGCCACUGUGUUCUUGGGGACCUUCAAUGCUGCAGAAAUGUUUUGGUACCCUUCCCCAGAUCUGUGCCUCGACACAAUCCUGUUUUGGAGCUCUAUUGAUAAUUCCGUCGACCUCAUGGCUUGAUUUUUGCUCUGACAUGCACUGUCAACUGUGGGACCUUUAUAUAGACAGGUGUGCCUUUCCAAAUCAUGUCCAUUCAAUUGAAUUUACCACAGGUGGACUCCAACCAAGUUGUUGAAACAUCUUAAGGAUGAUAAAUGGAAACAGGAUGCACCUGAGCUGAAUUUCGAGUCUCAUAGCAAAGGGUCUGAAUACUUAUGUAAAUAAGGUGUUUCUGUUUUAUUUGUAAUACAUUUGCAAAAAAAAUUAAAAACCUGUUUUGGCUUUGUCAUUAUGGGGUAUUGUGUGUAGAUUAAUGAGAAAAAACAGUGUUUUAAUACAUUUUAGAAUAAGGCUGUAAUGUAACAAAAUGUGGAAAAAGUCAAAUGUGCUGUAUACUGUACAUCAAUGGAGGCUGCUGGGGGGGGGGGGGGGGGGGCGGCUCAUAAUAAUGGCUGAAAUGGAGUGAAUGGAAUGGUAUCAAACAAGUGAAAACCAUGUUUGAUUGGUAACCAUUUACUCCAUUCUGGCCAUUAAUAUGAGCCUUCCUCCCCUCAGCAGCCUCCUCUGCUGUACAUGUAUACAAUUGACUGAGUGGAAUUGUGGUAUACAGUAGCUGUAUAAGAUGGCGUAGUAUGUGACAACAUUGUAGUGAUAGGAAAUCCAAUCCAAGAAUCCAUUAUGUUGAUAUCGGAUGAUGUAAUACAAAUGUGGUUGCUACAUUUUAGAGAUAUGAUAUCUCAAUAAUGGCUGGUGUCAUUCUAGAAAGAAAAAUGUCUGUCCCAACAGAGUCGGUUAUGGAGUGCUCACACAACUGUUAUGGAAACGGAGAGUGUGUGUCGGGCUCAUGUCACUGUUUCCCAGGGUUCAUUGGACCAUACUGCUCAAGAGGUAUGUAUGUUCUCUUGUCACAUUCCUAGUCCAUGUAUUGAUAUCACAAUCAAUAAAUGGCCAUGCUUCAAAGGACAAAUAUUGGUUAUAUUGUCAGAAUUGAUUACCAUGUGCAUGUGACAUUUGUUAUUAAUUUAGGGUUAGGCUAAAGGCAGGGUUAGGGCUAAUGGUUCAAAUAAAAUAUUUGGAGAGAAAGUGUUGUACUCAUGUCUAUUGUAGCGUGGCCAGAUAAUGAUAGAUGUGUUGAUUUGUAUGCUUGUAUCAACACUACAGCUACACAAUGGAAUAAUAUACUUUACAAGAAGUUGUCAUAUAUACUUUUUAAUAACCUUGUUACUUCCAACCACAGCUGCCUGUCCCAUCUUAUGCAGUGGCAAUGGCCAGUACACCAGGGGGCGCUGUCAAUGCUACAGUGGAUGGAAGGGCACAGAGUGUGACGUGCCCACUACUCAGUGUGUGGACACCCAAUGUGGCGGCCAUGGGAUCUGCAUGUCGGGUAACUGUGUGUGCAAUGCCGGCCACAAGGGAAGCAACUGUCACCAAGGUACACCACAAGGAUAUUUAGUGUCGCCGUUUGAUUUCCCAGCCGGUCAGCGAUGUAUACAGUACAUAAACAGCUAAAACAAUUGCUUUUUUCAACUUCAUCAAGCAGAUAAUCCAUUGUGUUCCUGCAUUGAUACUUGCAUGCAUUAGCUCCCUCCAACCAUUUAGCUACCACAGCUAUGGAUUGGAAUUUAUUCUGAAUUGUGGUCCUCUGUAGCUCAGCUGGUAGAGCACGGCGCUUGUAACGCUAAGGUAGUGGGUUCGAUCCCCGGGACCACCCAUACACAAAAAAAAAAUGUAUGCACGCAUGACUGUAAGUCGCUUUGGAUAAAAGCGUCUGCUAAAUGGCAUAUUAUUAUUAUUAUUGUCCAUUCAGUGUGAUUGGUUCAGUGCACUCCAGUACAAGAAGCCUGUGAGAGUGACCUGACGUGUAAAAUGUUAUUGAGUUGAGGCAGUAAUUAAAUCGCAUUUUUGCGCUCAUUGUAAAGUGAAUUAAGAGAGAAAGGACACAUGCUAUUGUGGAAUUAUGCAGGAACGGUUGGACAAUGUUAUUAGUUGACAUGUUACUCAAACUGGGAUGGAUAAGGUCUUGCCGUAUAUGAUGAGCACCAAAUGAUUCUCAAUGAGUCGCUGAGAUCAAUAUAGACUACAUGACCAAAAGUAUGUGGACACCUGCUCGUCGAACAUCCCAUUCCAAAAUCAUGGGCAUUAAUAUGGAGUUGGUCCCCCCUUUGCUGCUAUAAACGAGUUUCAAUACCAUACAACACUCCUUCCGUAGCCUCCAACUGCUCUUAAACACUAGUAAAACUAAAUGCAUGCUCUUCAAUCGAACGCUGCUGGCACCCGCCCACCCGACUAGAAUCACUACUCUCUGCGGGUCUGACCUAGAGUAUGUGGACAACUACAAAUAUCUAAGUGUCUGGUUAGACUGUAAACUCUCCUUCCAGACUCACAUUAAGCAUCUCCAAUCCAAAGUUAAAUCUAGAAUUGGCUUCCUAUUUUGCAACAAAGCCUCCUUCACUCAUGCUGCCAAACAUGCCCUCGUAAAACUGACUAUCCUACCGAUCCUUUUACUUCGGCGAUGUCAUUUACAAAAUAGCUUCCAACACUCUACUCAGCACAUUGGAUGUAGUCUAUCACAGUGCCAUCCAUUUUGUCACCAAAGCCCCAUAUACUACCCACUACUGUGACCUGUACGCUCUUGUUGGCUGGUCCUCACUACAAAUUUGUCGCCAAACCCACUGGCUCCAUGUCAUCUAUAUAUCACUGCUAGGCAAAUCCUGCCUUAUCUUAGCUCAUUGGUCACCAUAGCAACACCCACCCGUAGUAUGCACUCCAGCAGGUAUAUCUCACUGGUCAUCCCCAAAGCCAACACCUCCUUUGGCCGCCAUUCCUUCCAGUUCUCUGCUGCCAAUGACUGGAACUAACUGCAAAAAUCUCUGAAGCUGGAGACUCUUAUCUCCCUCACUAACUUUAAGCAUAAGUUGUCAGAGCACCUUACCGAUCACUGCACCUGUACACAGCCCAUCUGAAAUUAGCCCACCCAACUACCUCAUCCCCAUAUUGUUAUUUAUUUUGCUCAUUUGCACCCAAGUAUCUCUAUUUGCACAUCAUCUCUUGCACAUCUAUCAUUCCAGUGUUAAUACUAAAUUGUAAUUAUUUUGCACUAUGGCCUAUUUAUUGCCUUAUCUCCAUAACUUGCUACAUUUGCACACACUGUAUAUAUAUUUUCUGUUGUAUUUUUGACUUUAUGUUUUGUUUACCCCAUAUGUAACUCUGUGUUAUUGUUUUUAUCGCACUGCUUUGCUUUAUCUUGGCCAGGUCGCAGUUGUAUAUGAGAACUUGUUCUCAACUGGCUUACCUGGUUAAAUAAAGGUUAAAUAAAUAAAUAUAAAUAAAAUAAGAGCCUCCACUCUUCACGAGCAUUAGUGAGGUCGGGCACUGAUGUUGGGCGAUUAGGCCUGGCUCGCAGUCGGCGUUCCAAUUCAUCCCAAAGGUGUUUGAUUGGGUUGAGGUCAGGACUCUGUGCAGGCCAGUCAAGUUCUUCCACACCAAUCUCAACAAACCAUUUCUGUAUGGACCUUGCUUUGUGCAUGGGGCAUUGUCAUGCUGAAACAGGAAAGGGCCUUCCCCAAACUGUUGCCACAAAGUUGGAAGCACAGAAUCGUCUAGAAUGUCAUUGUAUGCUGUAGCAUUAAGAUUUCCCUUCACUGGAACUAAGGGGCCUAGCCCGAACCAUGAAAAACAGCCUCAGACCAUUAUUCCUCCUCCACCAAACUGUUGGCACUAUGCAUUGGGGCAGGAAGCGUUCUCCUGGCAUCCGCAAACCCAGAUUUGUCCGUUGGACUGCCAGAUGGUGAUCCGUGAUUCAUCACUCCAGACAACGCGGUUCCACUGCUCCAGAGUCCAAUGUGGGCGAAGAUUUUUACGUGCUACGCGCUUCAGUGCUCGGUGAUCCCGUUCUGUGAGCUUUUGUGGCCUACCACUUUGCGGCUGAGCCGUUGUUGCUACUAGACAUUUCCACUUCACAAUAACAGCACUUAAAGUUGACCGGUGCAGCUCUAGCAGGGCAGAAAUUUGACCAACUGACUUGUUGGAAAGGUGACGUCCUAUGACGGUGCCACGUUAAAAGUCACUGAGCUCUUUAGUAAGGCUAUUCUACUGCCAAUGUUUCUCUAUGGAGAUUGCAUCUCUGUGUCCAUGAUUUUAUACACCUGUCAGCAACGGGUGUGGCUGAAAUAGCCGAAUCAACUAAUUUGAAGGGGUGUUCACAUACUUUUGUAUAUACAGUAUGUUGUAUGUGUUAGCUUGAAUGGCUGUACUAGUAAUAAGGUGGCUAUGGAACAUGUUCACGUGUUUAUUUGUUUAUAUCAUUAGGCUUUGAUUAAAUCAUCCAAUACACAGGGCUUGAUCCAUCUCUUUUCCUUCCUCCUGUUUUCCCCGUGUUUCCCUAGUGGACUGUGUGGACCCGACCUGCUCGGGCCACGGAGCCUGCCACCACGGUGAAUGCCACUGUAACCCGGGCUGGGGCGGAAUGGGCUGUGCGAUCCUGAGAAGCACGUGUCCUGAACAGUGCUCCAUCCACGGAAUUUUCCACACCGAGUCGGGAACCUGCGUCUGUGAGGCUAACUGGACUGGCUCUGACUGCUCUGUAGGUCAGACAAUACUCUCUUACUCUUCAUUAGGUUCAGCGGUCUGGCUUUGUGUUUUGUAUGUGUGACUUAGAGGAGGCUCCUCCAGUGAGGAAAAGGAUGAUUAUCCUCCUCAUUAAUAUUAGGAAUAUAGACCUUUUUCUUUGUAGGUACUUUACCAGUUUGAGGGUUGUGCUUUGGUUUUAGUAAUUGGUUCCUUGGUUUAAAGGACCAGGUGAUUAAUGCUCAAUGUCCUUCUCUAGAAUGGGGUUGUUUAGUUCAGUUUAAUCGCAGUGCAGAAUUAGUCCCUGCAUCUGCAGUUCACAGUUGGUGACCCUAAUUGAGUACCGUCAAAUUAGAACCUACUGGGUUUUUAACAAUCCAGAGCAAAGAUUGAUUGAGCAAUACAUUAACUUGAUUGUGCGAUUGAAAUCUGAGCGGUUUUGCAUAAGAGGGUGUACUGUAAGUCUGAGAUGACGGAUGAGCCGAAAACCUGGACUGCUGGGAGGGAAAAGGAAUGGGUGUUUAUAGAAACCGAGAGUUAUUGUCUUAAUUUAUUUACUUUUAGACACAUCCAAAGAAAGGCCAUUUGUUAUACUGUAAAAAAAACUUCAGAAAAUCAGGACACAGAGUCCCUCUUUCACAGCGUGAAACAUCCAUUGCUGGUCGAUGUAAAAAAUUAAAUUAAAAAAAAAAAAGACUUUGAAGGGAGCAGGUUUAACUUAAGCAGCAGUCCAAACUCUUGUGUUUGCCCACCUGGGUAGUAAUCGAGGUUUCUCUCUUAAUUAUCUCAGCAGUUCGACUUCAAUUAAAUAAACUUUAAUUAACAAGCGGUGUGGCAUAGAUUGACUACCCACUCCGACAUCACGCUGGAGUCAGGGGCGUGCUAAAAGCAGAUUAACACCUUUGCGCUAAUGAAAAAUUGAUUACAUGGAUUCUUUGGGAAGGGGGCAGGGGGCUUUGUAAUCGAACGCUCCCCCUCCAGAGGCAUGGUUAAUAUUCUGAAGUGUUGUCUAAGCAUAAUUAGAGACCCACCAAGGUCUCUCAAUCGAAGAAAACUCCAUUCAGAGGGAGAUGAAAGCAAACUCUUAAAAAAGUGCAAAUGCUAGUGAGAGAGAGGUGGUUUCGCUUGUAAGCGAACAACAGUAAAAUUAGUGAAUUUUGAACAGUGUUUUCAGAAAGUGUUCACACCCCUUGACUUUUCCACAUUUUGUUGUGUUACAAAGUGGGAUAAAAAAAAAAAAAAUCAUUUUUGGUCAACGAUCUACACAAAAUAUUCUAAUGUCCAUUUUAUUAAAGAAAUUAUGAAAAAUUAAAAACGAAUAACUAUAUUUUUGGUAAGUCUCUAAGAGCUUUGCACACCUGGAUUGUGCAAUAUUUGCCCAUUAUUCUUUUUUAAAUUCUUCAAGCUCUGUGAAGUUGGUUGUUGAUCAUUGCUAGAAAGCCAUUUUCAAGUCUUGCCAUAGUUUCAAGUUGAUUUUAAAACAAAACUGUAACUAGACCACUGAUGAACAUUCAAUGUCAUAUUGGAAAGCAACUCCAGUGUAGAUUUGGCCUUGUGUUUUAGGUUAUUUUCCUACUGAAAGGUGAAUUUGUCUCACAGAAAGAAGAUUGAACCAGGUUUUCCAAUAGGAUUUUGCCCGUGCUUUGGUGUAUUCCGUUUCUUUUUAUCCUAAAAAAACUCUGUAGUCCUUUCCGAUGACAAGCAUACCCAUAACAUGAUGCAGCCACCAUGCUUGAAAAUAUGAAAAGUGGUACUCAAUGAUGUGUUGUGUUGGAUUUUCCCCAAACAUAACGCUUUGUAUUCAGAACAAAAAGUUCAUUUCUUUGCCACAUUUGUUGCAGUAUUAAUUUAGUGCCUUGUUGAAAACACAAUGCAUGUUUUGGAAUAUUGUUUAUUCUGUAGAGGUUUCCUUCUUUUCACUCUGUCAUUUAGGUUAGUUUUGUGCUGUAACUACAAUGUCGUUGUUGUAUCUACAUUUUUCUCAUAUCACAACCAUUAAACUCUGUAACUGUUGUAAAAUCACCAUUGGCCUCAUGGUGAAGUCACUGAACAGUUUCCUUCCUCUCCGGCAACUGAAUUAGGAAGGACACCUGUAUCUUUGUAGUGACUGGGUGUAUUGAUACACCAUCCGAAGCCUAAUUAAUAACUUCACCAUGCUCAAAGGGAUAUAUUCAGCCUCUGCUUUUUAUUUUUAUUUUAUUUUUACAAAUCUACGAUUGAAAAACCUCCUUGAUCCUUUUGGUUGAAUCUGUGCUUGAAAUUCACAACUCAGUUGAGGAACCUUUAAAAGUAGUUGUAUGUUUGGGGUGCAGAGAUGGGGUAGUCAUUCAGAAAUCAUGUUCAACACUAUUAUUGAACACAGAAUGAGUCCAUGCAACUUAUGUGAUUUCUUAAGCACAUUUUUACUCCUGAACGUAUUUAGGCUUGCCAUAACAAAGGGGUUGAAUACUUAUUGACUCAAAACAUUUCAGCUUUUAAUUUUUUAUUAAUUUCAGAAAUGUUCUACAAACAAAAUUCCACUUUGAGAUUAUGAGGUAUCUCAAUUUAAUAAAUGUUUAAAUUCAAGUUGUAACACAACAACAUUUUGAAAAAGUAAAGGGGUCUGAAUACUUUCUGAAGGCUCUGUAUCCUUGAAAUGUUAACUCUCAGGAUAUUCACAAGGAUGGCAGUUGUAAUAGAUUGAUUGUGUUGAUAUCUUUCUAGACUUACUCACUAAUUAGUCAUUUAAAGUCACAAACUUUCACCUGUAGCCUACUUAGAGUAACUUUUUUCAAACCUGACUAGGUCUGUUCCUGCCAUCUGAACGGAUGUUGUGCUGACAUUUCAAAGUGUUCUGGAGCCUCUGAAGGCAAUACUGGGUCAGUUCCUGUAAAUACACCAUUCCUUUCAUGGUUUCAUGUAGUUUUCCCUCAAGAAUAGAAUGGAGCUUUUAGUGUGGGUUAUAGCAUGCCAGUGAAUGGAGCACUCACCUUGGGUCUCCUACUACCUGUGAAUUCAGUAAUUAGAGUUUCUCACCCACAUCAGGCCUGCUGCCUGACUACAUAGAGCCAUCUGUUUUAGUAGUUGGUCUUAGUCUCUUUGUGGUCCUCAGUGUCUAAAAUAAGUGUGUUGACCUGUGCCCCUGCUUAUUCAAAAGCCUGUCUAUUUAAAGAUGUAUCAAGCUAGCCUUUUACUUCAGUCUCUUUAGAAUGUUGUUGGAUUUAGCGUUCUGGGAUGAAGCUGAACUCAUUGGGGACAUAACAACUGACGGCCAACAUAAAAGCCUUGUUUAGUCUGCUCUGCCAGUUAAAUAAAUGAAAACGAAGCGACAACAGAAAAAACACAUUUGAUUAUUUUUUGGGGGGGGUGCAGGAAAAUGUGUUGUUCACAUCUGAACAGCAAAGCACAGGCUUUGUGCUUCUUUAUUCUAUCAAUAUGUAAAGAUUAGUUACACCACCACAGCUGAAUCGUAAUACACUGACUGCAGAAAAGGAACCAGAAGAGAUUUUUCACAAUGGGCCCGAUUCAGACUUAAGAAAUAUGUGCAUUUCCUAAGCACGCCAUUCCUACACACUUCUCAGUAGUUGGGAUUCAGACUUACCUUAUUCAGGAACGGGCUUUGCAGGCAUGGUUCCCUUGCGGGCUAAAAACCCUCCCACUUGCUGGCCAACAGAUUGUCUCGUGGAAUUUUCAUUCAAUAAGGUUUUCAGUAUAUUUAUCGAAAGUCAUCCCUUUAAAUUUGGUGUACCUCUUUAGUUUGAAUUUUCUCAACAGACUCACUAGAAUAUAUGGAGAGAACAGUUCACAAUAUUAGGGAUCAGUGAAAGAAAGCCAUGUAAAUGCACACAUAUUUAUCUCCUUUUCAGCUCCAAUUGGUCAAUUUAAAAAAACUCUGAUAUUGUAUAUUAUUUAGGGUUAGAAAAGUAUUUAUGAUUAAAACAUUUAUAAUAAUUUGGAAAGCCUUUACGCAGGAAAUGGAUUGGUAUAUCAAAAAUACAGUAGUUUGAUUCAUCCUGAAAGUUGCCAUAUUCAAUCGUUCAAUCCAUUAAAGGUCAGAAAAGUGUAUAAUAGGGGUUGAACAGCAGUCCUAUAAAUCUACCCUAAUAAUCCUCACUAAUCAUGGAACUGUGAUGACAACGGGCCAGUCGUCGUGAACCGUGCGCCAGGCUCCAGGUUUAAACUGCUACGUAUGGUCUGCGUUCCAUAAUGAUUCAAAUAAACUCGGUCCCAAAUUAUUGCACAACUUGUAAUACGUUAGCCUAAUAUGAUCCACUAUUGCUAGUGAUCCUCAGGAACAACCACACGAAUGUGACAGAAGAAAGAAAGGUAAACUAACAAUAUAAUGGAAUGAUGCAAAAUGUUAGGAAACUAACACUAAAGUGACCGUUAUAAAUGUGUGUGGGUAUAACUGACGGUGGCUAACGAUAGUGGCUAAUGUUUAACACGAUACACAUUUUAAAAAAUACAGUGAAAAGUCUGAGCAUAUAAUUAAAACAUUACAGAAAUCAUAAAUCAACUCGGUAGGUUUAGUGAUACACUGUCGCACAUUGCUACAGAAGCCUAUAGCAUGGUUCUCCAAAUUUCAUCCCUGCAAUUUAUAAGGCCAGCAUUUCAUGAACUUCACUGUGGAAAAGGUGAUAUGUUGAUAUGCUUCAAUUUGCUGCCAUAUGACGGGUUUCACAUUUGUCUCCAGCAAUCAUAAGGUACAGUAGAUCUAAAACAAUUGUUGUUUAUAUUUACAAUCAUCCUCUUAUCCAAACAGCUUACUAAUGUACCUAGCUCUUAUCAAUAGCUCUUAUCAAAUUGUAAAUUGCAGUGCAUGGAGAAUUAUGUUAUUUAUAUUGGAAAAAAUAAAGUAGAUGUUGUUCCACUUGGAACCGACAGGCUCCUCGACCUUAUUCAUCGCGCAUAAAGAAGGAACUAAGUGAAGGUCAGAAUAUGGUGUAUCUGUAGACACACCUCCUUCAUCUAUUUGAUCUCCACCCCAAACGAAUAGCAGGUGAAUAGCAUGCUAUUCUCAUACUUAAGUUUAAGGUCAGAAUACUCGUUGCGCGAAAAGUGCAUAAAAGGGAAUUACGUUCCAUUUACGCAUGCUUAACUCGGGUCGAAAGUCCCCCCUAUGUCCAUACAGGUGCUGUAGGGGUGAAUUACUGUACAUAACUAUAGCACCAGUCUGUCCAGUGUAUGACGGACGACUCUGUUUUUGGUUGUGAAUGUGUCAGAGGUGUGCACAGUGGACUGCGGCCCCCACGGAGCAUGUGUCAGUGGGACUUGUCAUUGUGAGGAAGGAUGGGCAGGCUCAGAGUGCGACCAGAGGGACUGCCACCCACGCUGUACAGAUCAUGGCAUCUGCCGAGAUGGCAAAUGUGACUGUCACCAGGGCUGGACAGGAGAGCACUGCACCAUUGGUGAGUCGUACUGACAUGUAAAGCCAUUCAUAACUGGUAAAUUACCCAAUGCAGAUUAGAAGUUGUCCUCCACCCACACUCAGUAGAGAACCAGUAUAAAGAGGCAAUAAUGUAACAAUUAAAUCUCCACCGAUGUUCCUGUAUAUGCCCAAGAGUUUCUUUCAACAGUAUCUUGAAUGCAGUCCAAGUUGAUAAGCUUGGUAGUAAUUUGGCUCCUCUCAAUCCAUGUUUGCAUUAUGUAACCUUAUGAAGUAUAAAGAAAGCAUUUUCUAAAGCUAUAUUGAUUGCAUAACAUACAGGUUUGACUAAGUCCCCAAAAUACAUUUACCACUUGAAUGGUAUCGUACAGUUCAAUUCUUCUGCUGAAUUGAGUAUGGAAUUUCUCCAUUGAACUGCAAUUCGAUUCAUGAAUUGCCAGGGGACUUGGAACUGACCCUAUACCUGGUACCCCUAACCCUCUUUCCCCAUUCCAUUUCACUCUCAUUAUCCUUGACACCUGAUAUCACCAUUUUCCCUAUUCGAUCUACAUAUAGAAUCCUACCUCUUAUCCUAACACUUCACUAAGGCAGGUAUUAAGGGAAAAGAGGGCCAGCCAGGACUAUGAUCUUAUUCAACCUUGUCCCAAUGGAAAAGUCCAUCUUCGAGAUGACUGCUUCACUGUGCAUUAAUUGAGAUAAUGAGCACUGUGAGGUUGCUUCCUCUUGACCUGUGACCUCAACUUCCUGGACACUCUGCCCUUGUCAAACGAGUGGCAGUUAAACUGUUGGCGUGACGCAUCAUGUACUGUUCCACCCUGUCACCCGAACCCACUCGGUAACAUCAUCCUCUCGUUGAAACGAAGACCCCGGCUCUUCAAACUCUUGAACCCUAAUUACAUAUUAACAAGACUUUCAGCAGCAGUUAUCCCAUCCAGAGAAUGAAGCUGACUGGCGGUUAGAAACGAGGAGAGAGAGAUGAGAUUGUGCCGGGGAGAUUGGAGGGGUCGCAUUCCUGAUGUUAUUAAUCUCUGCCUCCUCAAUGAGAAAUCCCUUUCAACGUCUUCCUGUUUAAGACCCCCAUCAGAAAAUAAAUUCCUUGAUGUAGAUGCGCCUGGGAUGAAUAGGCAGCCAUUCUUACUGUGAACUAGGAGCUUAUUCCUUUUUUUCAGGACUUUCUGAAUAACUUCCAUUCACACAAAGCACCUUUAAUCACAUUACAUGGCGAGACCCUGACGAAGGGGCUGGAAUAGAUCGCUUCCCUGGACGAGCUAUUGUCAGACACGUUGCAAUCCUGUUUUUUCCCGGAAGGCUUAGGCAUCGCUCUUAUUGCUCUACUUUCCAUUUCUUUUUUUCUUUUUUUUAUGUUUACUACUAAGGUGUUUUUAUUCAUUCAAGUGUUCCUGGGACUUCACUGACAUGCUUUGUUUGUUCCAGUGAUGAAGUGGUUGAAAUGCUCAUAUAUGUGUGCUGGGAGCACAAUAAGGCACGUGACGCUUGAAUGGCCAAUACACUGAUAGUUGUAAUGUAUAGCUGAUGUACCAGAGCUUAUGUAUGUGUACUGGGAUGACAAUAAGCUUGAAGUGCUCCUGGAUGUGUACUUGAAGGACAAUAAGCUACAUGUCUCUUGAAUGGUAAAGAUGUGGUUAGUUGUAGCUGUAUAGCUGGUGUAACAGAGCUAAGUGCAAAAGUUCACACUAGAAUGCUAUUCAGACAGCACUAAAAACACAGCAUAAAAUGUCCAGACAUGUGUUUGUCAGUAAACAGCUGUACCUAUACAGUUAUAAACUAGGUUCUGUGGAUGUUCUAUGUGAAUGUACUCUACAUUGUUAUUUACUUAAUGUGGAGUGUUUAAUAUGUGGAUGUAUGUUGUUAUGAAUGAAAGCACAUCACUACUGGAAUGGCAAUAUAGCUCAUCAGGCAAGCCUGAAAAUUUGCUCAAGCAGCUCCUUAACUGUGAAACAUUCAUAGUUCAAACGAAUUAGUAGUUUCCUUUUCAUGCUAUCUGUGUAUGUUUCCUCUGUAAUAACACUUCUCAACAACUCGUUUUACCUUUCUCUCUUUCUAUCUGCCCCUCCUCUCCUUUUCUCUUAUUCGACAAGCUCUGGAUUCAAGAGUAUCAGGUAAUGUACUUUCCAGUCUUUCUCUCUCCUUUCUGUUUCGUAUCAAUACACACAAAAUAAAUGUCAUACUGAAAAUGUAAACCCCCCUCUAAAUGGCGUGAGCAGAUAACUUGACUUCCCUCAACAGUAUCAGAAUCACAAUGUGUCAACCAUGCUGUUUUUGUGCAUCACCAUCAACAUAAAAUUGCUGUUUACACGAGAAAGCCAAAUCAGCACUGUCAGUGCUGUUGACAUACAAACAAUAUGGGCUGUACCUUAACACUACAAAGCUUAACUGAAAAGUAUUGAAUUAUACCAUUAUUCUGCCUACGGUUGAGCUCUCUCUUUAUUUCUUCUUGUAUCCUACACUCAGAUCAUGUUUAUCAGUCUAGAUUUUCCUGCAAUAGAGAAGUAAUUUUCUUUUCCAAAUGUUUCCCCUCUCCUCAAUGGUAAUAGGAGCAGUCAAGAUAGGAUAUAAAGGUAAUGGAAAGACUACUGCUCUGUUUUCUUCCCCAAGCACGGCGUACACAUGUCUUAUGUCCCAGUCUAUCACUGUUUCUAUUGUGAUCCCAGUACCUUCAUACCUGUCCGUCCUAACUAGUCAAACACUCUCAGUCCCCCUUUUCCUGUCUGAAUCCUUGUGUGUGUCAGAAGAAAUACUAAGCAGAUGUAGCCAGUCAGUUACAGUUUGCUCGUUUCUCUCUUCCACCCUGUGAAAAAAGGAACGCAAUAUCCUGGUAUCAAGUAGAGAUGUUGAGACGACAUGAACAAACCCUCUGCCUUUUUGUCUCUACAUCUAUCUACCCUUGUCUUUACUUUGAUAGUACCUUCACAUGGGUGUUGUGCUGGUUUUAUGGCAAGAUAAAUGUGUUGUUUUUUGUGCUGAUGCUACAGAUUUAGAGGAACUUUGACUAAUCAGCAUAUAAUAAAAAGCAGAGUAAGGAGAUUUGCAGUAGUAACCACUAUUAUCCAACUGUAUGUUGACCUCCAUGCAUUCUUAAUAUCAUACAUUUGCCAAGACAAUUUCCAUUUCAAAGUGCCCUGAAAUGGUAUGGAACUCAGAGUAAAACCCAUGUGAAAUUACAGUAUCUUUAAACCCCACCCCCAAGUUCUGUCAGAAAUCUAUGUACUGUUUGUCCACUUUAUAUUGUCGUUUUCAUUUUGUCCCUGUGUUCCUGCCCCUGAAUGACCAGGUGUUGUCGCCUCCUCUCAAUCUAUCUCCCUCUCUCUGAUUAGCUGGUGUGUGAUUUACAUUGUUGUUUUGGCAGAUGGGUGCCCUGGGUUGUGCAACAGCAAUGGGAGGUGCAUUCUGGACCAAGCCGGGUGGCGCUGCAUCUGCCACUCAGGAUGGAGAGGGCUAGGAUGUGAUGUUGCCAUGGAGACCUUCUGCUCAGAUGGAAAGGACAACGAGAGGGGUAAGAACAACAUCCAUAAUUCUUCACUCUUUGCCAAUGAUAUGACUUUGUGUCCAUAUAGUGGACUGUUUGAACCAAUUAGAGGCACCAUUCUGUUGAAAAAGUGUUUUUAUUUGGUCAGUCUAGUUCACAGGGAUGAUAUUCUCAAGGAGCACCAAGUUAGGGUAUUGUCCCAUGUCAACACUGUUGCAUCUUGGUCUGACAGAUGGACUGGUGGACUGCAUGGAUCCAGACUGCUGUUCGCAAAGCUCCUGCCAGGGCCAGCCCUACUGCCGCGGAUCCCCAGAUCCCACAAGCAUUGUGAGCCAAGGUCAUGGUUCAUCCUCCACUCAGUCGGCCCCCAGGGGCUUCUACGAGCGCAUCAGCUUCCUGGUUGGGCAUGGCGGUAGUCACGUGAUACCUGGGGACAACCCUUUCAACAGCAGGUGAGCUUCAUCAAAUCCAACUGUCCUGUGGGGUGUCGAAAUGAUAGCCAAAAUGAGUUGUCAGUACUGUAUCAUUGAAAUACACUGAGUUGAUUGAAUCUUGUCGUUUUGUCCUGGAGUUGCCCCUGUAGGAAUAACUGUGGCGUCGCUCUCUUAGGGACCUUGACUUGAUAAGUAAGGGGGUGGAAAUGCUUUAUUGAGUUGCAGAUUGAGCAACCUGAUUUGAUGUAUCAAACCUUAUGUGAAACCUUGUAGUGGAAAUAACAAAAUGUCAACAUUUGUCGACAUAAAGGCAUAAGACUAUCCCCAAUUAAUAAUGUACCGGGGCUCUGAUAUCAAUUUGUGAGCAAAUUUUUCAGCAGACAGAAAUACAAAAAAAAUAAUCAGGAACCUCAAUGCACUGAAUCAUAAAUAGACUUUGUUUUGAGACUGAUGGAGUGGGAAAUGAUUGCCAACUGUAUGGUAGAAUGCUUUGGCAAUAAUAUUCCCUCUAACUCGCAGAAUAGUUUGGGAGUAAUCCUUAUGUAAAUAGCAUGCUUUACCACAAAUAUAGAAUGAGGCAAUCCCCGAGCCGGGUCCCUUAUAAUCCGCCUCGUCAUUGUGUUCAGCUUACUGUUAAUUCCAAUGGCUGGCCGAUGCAUAUUAGUUGACCCACUGAAAAUGUAAAUGUUUUUCUCUUUAUCUCCGUUAAGAAGUUGGUUUUAUAGUCGCAGACAUUACGGCACUUGUCUUUAAGCACACAGACAUUCUGCAAAGUUUGUCCAAAUGAAUAACAUUUCUGAAGCUACGAAAAUCAAUAGAACUUAAUUUGAUAAUUAUUUUUGUCAAAAUAGGGUGAACGGGAUUCAUGGUAAGCGCAUUAGCAAUAUAUCUACUUUAUUUGACUGUGGCAAAUAUUUUGUUUGAUUAUCGUGGAUUAUUUUUUACAAUGUAUUGUUUCAAAGUGAAGAUUUCUGCUCUAUCCCUGCUAAAUAUGAUACAUACAAUGCAACUGGAAAACUCCACUGAAUGUGCCAGAGCAUGAUGGAUACUACCCAUAGCAUUGUUUGUUUUGUCUAGGCGUGCUGUAUCCAAUGUCUGGCAGGGCAGGGGUGGAAAUGUCUUAUGAGGUCUUUCCAUUGUUACCUAAACCCUUCGAGGAAACCCAUCGAAAACAAGAGAGCUAGCCAAGGAAAAGAGAACAGUUUUCAUUGUGUGGUCAGGUUCCAUGCUAUUGCUCUAAAAACUCUCCUCUCUCAUAUGGCAUGAAGACUAAUACCUUACAUGUGUUGUGUUGAGUCCCACAGCCAUAUUGGAUGUCCCCUUAGAAUUAUCCCACUGGGCUUUAAUUGGUGUCUUGGAGGAAACCACUACUAGACAUUGACAGAGAGGGACUGUGUGAAUUAUAUUACUAAACAUUGCUUAGGUGAUUUGACUUCAUGUUUAUUUAGGGGUCAGCUCUUGUAGGGUCAGCCAGCCUGUAGAAGAUUAAUGACGAGGAGAGAAUAGUGAACCUACAGAGCUCUUAAAGUGGCCUUAUUCCUCUAGACCGCAAAGUAAAAAAUGAGGCGUGUCGGAGUGAGGAAACAGAGAAGAGAAAGCUGUUGAUGAUCCCUACCUCACAUCCGUAAUGACCUGACGAUAAAGCCGGCAAACGAGACACGUCGUGCCUCGCGGCUCUGCUACCAAUGACAAAUACAAACAGAACACCUCAAGAAAAUCGUCUCCACGCUUGACGUAGCCGCCCUUGAUGAAGUGUUGAAGAAACAUCCCUGUAUCAUCUUGUCAUUUUCAGACUGUUGCCCAAUUUAACAAAUGACCUCACAAUUAGGAAUGCUAGAAUGUGCGGCGUCUCCAAGAAAGAGCUACGUGGAAAAAUUGCUAUGCAAAUGCCUCCCCCCAAUGCUUGUACAGAUAAACUGCUGAAAGUAAGAGGCCCUCAAUGGCUGCAAAGCCUAUUUGGAAUGAGUUAUGGGCUGUUAAAAGGGGUAAAAAGAGAGGGCUGUUGCCAGGGUAAGCCAUUUCAUGAAUUACAAUCGCUGACACGUGUGUAUUUUUAACGGUCAGUAAAUCAGACUGCCGGUACCCUUGCCGAGGGAGGACAGAUGUUAGCAGUGAGGACUGCUUGUUGACUCCGACUGGCAUUUUGUUUGUUUACUUGACCCUCUUUGUGUUUGUUCACCGGUGCAGCCUGGUGUCAAUUAUCCGGGGUCAGGUGCUGACGGGAGACGGGACACCGCUGAUCGGCGUCAACGUGUCCUUCCGUGAUUACCCUGAGUAUGGCUACACCGUGACACGCCAGGACGGGAUGUAAGAGUGCCAAACACACACACACAUAAACAUGCACACACAUUCAUGCACACACAUACACACAUACAUAACACACGUAACAAACACUGAUUAGAAUGACCACACACCAUCUCUGUCCUCUGAACAAGGUUCAGCUAAGGUCUGGUAUGCUUAAAGUGCAUCCCAGAUCCACCAGUGGAGAGAUAUCCAAAGCAAUCCAAAAAGAGCUAGCAAAUUGAAACAGCGGAGCAUGGUGCCCCACAACAAUAUCUCAUGCAAAUAUCACAGUUGUUGAGGCCAUUUAGAACAAGACUACUUAAAAUGCAUUGAAUCAGCCAGGGCAGAAUCAAUCUUCCAGCAUUGUAGACUAACACAGGAUUAGUGUCUGACCUUCUCAGGCUAUUACCAUAGUGUUGUGGUUCAUUAUCUCACUCUUAAGGAAACAAAGUCGUACAUACAUUUCAGGGAAAUCAUUCAACUCCACCGGGAAGUUUAUCAUCAUACAAUCUAUUGUCUUAUUGAAAUUGUCAAUAAAAUAUGUGCAUUAUGUUUGUCUGGAAUAAAAGGCUUAGAAUAUUUAGUAAUAUCUGGGACUGGCGUAGUCACUCUUAUGGAGCAGGAACCGCAGAAGUAGGGGAUUGGCGAUAGCCAAGGAUAAGCUAAUAUCUCCAGAUAUUCCUCCCUGUAACCCCUCUGACACAGAGCAUGAUAAAUGGCAGGGGAUAAUCACACUUGGUUAGCCAGCAUAUCCGCUCAGGGUGUUAAGAGAGCAGAAACAGCAUCAAAGCUUGGCUGUGAGCUCCCCACUGCCCAAAGUGGAUGGCAAGAGGGGGAGGAAAUGGUGUGUGUGUUUGUGUGGGUGGGGGGGGGGGGGGUCUGUGUGUAAUGUCACCAUGUAGAUGCUUUACCCCUGGGUGGUGAAGCUCGCUGAAUAUAUAGAGCAGCACUUCAAAGACUCCCCCUUCAUUUCCAAACCAGUAACUCUUCCCAGCGCUAUGUGAUACUAAUUAAAAUUGGUCCACCAGAGAAACUAAGCCAAAACUUCUCAACCAAAUUCUCAAUUUUUAAGUGUCUCACUGCAUCAUGGCUGACUAAGCAAAAGUAAUAAAAUAGAUUCAGCGAAUGAUAAUAAUAUGUGAGCCGCAAAGGAAUAAGACAACUGAUAAGAACAAGUUCUUUGUUCCUUUGAAAACAAUAUAAUCUGGCUUGUAGCCCGCCAGAUUCUGUGAAAGUAUAUUUGAGUUUUCACUGAAUGCAGGAAAUGUAACUUGGCCUUCAAGUAAGUCACACUGGGUAAAUAUAAAGUGAGGGGAAAAAAGUAUUUGAUCCCCUGCUGAUUUUGUACAUUUGCCCACUGACGACAACAUGAUCAGUCUAUAAUUGUAAUGGUAGGUUUAUUUGAACAGUGUGAGACAGAAUAACAACAAAAAAAUCCAGAAAAAAGCAUGUCAAAAAUGUUAUAAAUUGAUUUGCAUUUUAUUGAGGGAAAUAACUAUUUGACCCCUCUGCAAAACAUGACUUUGUACUUGGUGUGCAAAACCCUUGUUGGCAAUCACAGAGGUCAGACGUUUCUUGUAGUUGGCCACCAGGUUUGCACACAUCUCAGGAGGGAUUUUGUCCCACUCCUCUUUGCAGAUCUUCUCCAAGUCAUUAAGGUUUCGAGGCUGACGUUUGGCAACUCGAAUUUUCAGCUCCCUCCACAGAUUUUCUAUGGGAUUAAGGUCUGGAGACUGGCUAGGCCACUCCAGUACCUUAAUGUGCUUCUUCUUGAGCCACUCCUUUGUUGCCUUGGCCGUGUGUUUUGGGUCAUUGUCAUGAUGGAAUUCCCAUCCAUGACCCAUUUUCAAUGCCCUGGCUGAGGGAAGGAGGUUCUCACCCAAGAUUUGACGGUACAUGGCCCCGUCCAUCGUCCCUUUGAUGCUGUGAAGUUGUCCUGUCCCCAUAGCAGAAAAACACCCCCAAAGCAUAAUGUUUCCACAUCCAUGUUUGACGGUGGGGAUGGAGUUCUUGGGGUCAUAGGCAGCAUUCCUCCUCCUCCAAACAAGGCGAGUUGAGUUGAUGCCAAAGAGCUCCAUUUUGGUCUCAUCUUACCACAACACUUUCACCCAGUUCUCCUCUGAAUCAUUCAGAUGUUAAUUAGCAAACUUCAGACGGGCCUGCAUAUGUGCUUUCUUGAGCAGGAGGACCUUGCGGGCGCUGCAGGAUUUCAGUCCUUCACGGCGUAGUGUGUUACCAAUUGUUUUCUUGGUGACUAUGGUCCAAGCUGCCUUGAGAUCAUUGACAAGAUCCUCCCGCGUAGUUCUGGGUUGAUUCCUCGCCGUUCUCAUGAUCAUUGCAACUCCACGAGGUGAGAUCUUGCAUGGAGCCCCAGGCCGAGGGAGAUUGACAGGUCUUUUGUGUUUCUUCCAUUUGCGAAUAAUCGCACCAACUGUUGUCACCUUCUCACCAAGCUGCUUGGCGAUGGUCUUGUAGCCCAUUCCAGCCUUGUGUAGGUCUACAAUCUUGUCCCUGACAUCCCUGGAGAGCUCUUUGGUCUUGGCCAUGGUGGAGAGUUUGGAAUCUGAUUGAUUGAUUGCUUCUGUGGACAGGUGUCUUUUAUACAGGUAACAAACUGAGAUUAGGAGCACUCCCUUUAAGAGUGUGCUCCUAAUCUCAGCUCGUUACCUGUAUAAAAGACACCUGGGAGCCAGAAAUCUUUCUGAUUGAGAGGGGGUCAAAUACUUAUUUCCCUCAUUAAAAUGCAAAUCAAUUUAUAAUUUUUUUUACAUGCGUAUUUCUGGAUUUUUGUGUUGUUAUUCUGUCUCUCACUGUUCAAAUAAACCUACCAUUAAAAUUAUAGACUGAUCAUUUCUUUGUCAGUGGGCAAACAUACAAAAUCAGCAGGGGAUCAAAUACUUUUUUCCCUCACUGUAUAAAGCUCUUUUUUUACUCACUUCUCCACGUUUAUGGUGACGUCUCCAGGUUUGACCUGUUGGCCAAUGGUGGUGCCUCGCUGACCCUGAGUUUGAAGCGUACACCUUUUCCCACACUGCACCACACUGUGUGGUUACCCUGGAAGGUGUUCCAUGUGAUGGACACAGUGGUGAUGAAGAGGGAGAACAACAACAUCCCCAGCUGUCACCUCAGUGGUCUGCUCAGGCCCAGCCCCCUCAUCCUGGCCUCACCCCUGUCCACCUUCUACAGGAGUUCCCCCAAGGACAGCCCCAUCAUCCCUGAAACUCAGGUGAGAUUAGCUCUGGUCUAACACCUACUGCCAGGUGCCUAUUUCCCACAGCAUAUGCACACACUGCAGUGUAUAGUUGGGUGCAUUAAAAAGUUUCCCUGCACUGCAGCCAGGUGAAAAAAAAGACAUAAAAAAAACAUGCUGCAAAGUAAAUGUAACUGCACUGUCGGUUUCCACAAAUGUAUUUCAUUACAUGGGUUAUUGUUCGAUGAUUGCAAGCAAAGGUAAAGUUGGCAUCACCCUGUGAAAGAGUUUGUCACAUUAACAAUGUACCAUUGCUGCAGCACAGCCAUUUUGAAAAGUAACUUUUUUAUACACUCAACAAUAUGUUCAGUACCUUUUCAUAACAGAUUCUGCUCCAAAUCAUAGGUCCUCCAUGAGGAAGUGGCCAUACCCGGAAGUGACCUCAAUCUGGUCUACCUGAGCUCCCGCACAUCCGGCUACAAGCCCAUCCUCAAAGUCCUCAUGACCCAGGAACGACUCCCGUUCGGACUAAUGAAGGUCCAUCUGAUGAUUUCUGUCAUGGGCAGACUGUUCCAGAAAUCGUUACCUGCCUUUCCAGAUCUUUCGUACACCUUCGCCUGGGACAAGACAGACGCCUACAACCAGAAGGUCUACGGCUUGUCAGAGGCUGUAGGUGAGUUUCCGCCGAAGCUGAAACACAGCUGUUUGAAGAUGUUAUGUAAACAUCAUCUGACAGUGUUGUCAGGUCCAGUGUAAUCUAGGAGGUUGAGCUUUGGAUGAACUCCUGGUAUUGCUUUCCUUUGAAUUUCCCGAUUGUUUUGGCAGUCGGAAUGUUUUGUAUGGUUACCAGACGGUGUGAAAAGUCUGCAGACUUUCAUUUAUUUGCAUGUGUAAUUACUCAUCAGUUGAACCACAGGAAAAAAUAUGUAUUUUUAAGGUCAUGCUCAUUUUGAUACAUUUCCGCCUACCCAAACCUGAGUUAUUCCAGGUUAUAUGUUAAUUUGAUAUCAAGAUGCACUCUGUUCAGUGAGCUAGCAGUAUCUCAUACUUUAUAUGCUUGUAAUGCAGCAGUGCCUAUUGGCAUACUAGUAAACACUCAUAAAGAGAUUUUACACGUUUUCAGGCUUAUACACUACAAGCCUUUUAAAGGCUCCUGGUAGAUACUGUAUACUGACGUAAUUUAUUGGACACCAUUGUUGUUUCCAGUGUCUGUGGGAUAUGAGUAUGAAUCUUGCCUGGAUGUGAUCCUCUGGGAGAAGAGGACAGCCAUUUUACAAGGUUAUGAACUGGACGCCUCCAACAUGGGGGGAUGGAUGUUGGACAAGCACCAUAUAUUGGACAUUCAAAAUGGUAAGAUGUUAUUUUUGUUACAUGGAUCAGUGGUGUGUGUGUGUGUGCGCGCACACCUGCGGUUCUAGGAUGGACCUGUUAUGGACAGGUGGUCUCUACCCUGAAAUGCAGCAGUACAUGCUCAGAUCAAGAUGAAAUAUGGUUCAUCAUCCCAUUUACAGAUAAUAGAUGAGAGUUUUGAUGGGUUGAUUAUUCUUAUUAAUGAUGGAAUAAACCAGAUACAACGCAGAGCUCCCAUCCUACUCCGCUAUUUAUGCAACAAGAGGGGAUACAUUUCUCUUUAUAAAAGUUACUGAAACAGUUCCUUACUUUUAUUAUCCAAACUUCUCUUUUGAAUGAGCGUAAGAAUAAAAACACCAGACAGACAAAACACAUACUCUAUGAUAACACCUGUGGUUGUAGAGUGCAAUUUUUCAAUAGGCCUAUUCUAACAUUGAGAAUGCACUAGGCCUCUCUCUUUCAGGCCUGGUUUGUGUGACCGUAAGCUCUCUCCAGCUCUCGAUCUUUAUCACAGUUGUCCCUGGGAAUUUGUGUCACCCUUUCAUCCAUUUGUGGCCCUCAACUCUAUGUUUCUGAGCACAGUCUUUCACUACUGACUGUCCCUUUUGUGGAGGGAAUACAGCAAUAAUUGCUCAUUGCCUUUUGGCCCUCGAUCGAGCUCAUAGUUUAUAUACCCCUUUCAGGUUCCAUUGUAAUUGUUGCUAUGGCUAUAACCAAUGUUAACUCAUGUUAGUAAAAGGUCUGUUUGAUUGUCGCUUGUCAUACCCAGUUAUGCCAUGGACCCAUGCGAACCAUGUAUGCUAACUCUCUGCUAAUCAUCUACUCCAUAUACAAAACUGGGUUUCAUCCUUAGAUUAUUUCUUACAAUAUGCUUCAGGAAAAUGUUAAUUGAACUAGUGUACAGAAGUCAAUCUGCAUCUUUUGCGUUUACCACACGAUGCUAUUUCUUCUAUGUCUGUUCAUUGAACAUGGCAAAUAGCUGGCAUUUAGCUGAACCAAAUCUGUCAAAAACAUCUAGCACGCAAAGUUUUGCAAAGAGCGUUGAAAAAUACCAUUGAGAACUGUUCCAGCUUGACUGUUGCCGGAGCAUUGUGUUUCAUCCCACCUGUCUCAAGGUAAAGCUAGCCCGUCUCAAAGCCUUCACACAGCAGCGCCAGCGCACAGUGGGGGGGAUCGCUGUCUCUAGAUGUUAAGCUUUGUGAUCAACAGAUGUGUAGAUGCUUCCUUUUCAUCUUUGACAUAUGAUAUGCUAAUACUUAUCGUUUCCUGCAUUAAAUUGGGCAUCAAUGUGCACUCGUCUUCAUAAAAAAAUUGGUGAAUUAUGAUUAUGAGGUUUCAGUAGAAUUGUUUUGGAAGAUUUGUGUAGUUUGAUAUUGAUACAUGAAUGACUGAAAUGAAAGACACAUGUGGUGUCUUAUCUGUCUUUGCAUCAACAAUCAGGACUCCAAAGAGUUUUCACCAUUUUCACUCUUUCUUUCUUUCUAAGCCCUUCAAAUAGAUUCUGAAAUUUGCAUAAAUCAGAAAAAGUAAAAAACUAUUUCAGAAUGACACUUUCCUCUUGAACUUCUCCCUGCCUAUCAGCAGGUUAAUCAAUUUGCCGACAGCAGGGUGUCUAUCCUCCAUUUCACAAUCUUAUUAGUUUCACCCACAGAUAGUAUGUGAAGUGUGUGAAAUGAUUCAUGGUUCCCCAGUCAACAGACACUCAUGUCAGUGGCACAACCCUGUCUUCAAACUUUAUCUUUCCCCGCGUUUGUUCCCCACACACAUGCCAUUGCAGAUGGCAUUACAGGGGAAAGCUUAUACCUAUUGUGUAUGCCCUUUACAACGUCGUAAUAUUUUAAGAGCUUGUCGGCCUUGGUUGUUGGCAUGAGAUAUUUCUGAGAGUCGAGGUCACGUGUUAGUUUUAUAGUCUGCAGGUUGAGGCCGAUACAUAAAUAUCACAACUGUUUCUUCACAACUAGCUCUGUAUUGAUUCCCUAAUGCUGUACAUUUCAUCUUCUUUGAUAAAACAUGCAAGUUGUGGUCCACUACAGUCACACUCCAGACGUAGCGAUAUGGUAUCAGACCUUCUCCUCCCGGUGACUCUGCCUUCAUUUUCCCCUUGCCUUCCCUGUCUGAGGAGUGUACUGUGAUGUACUUAAGUGUUUUCCUCUCAUCCUCCGGUGAGGACUCUAACAGUCUCUCUCUCUCUCUCUCUCUCUCUCUCUCUCUCCUCUCUGGGGCCUGUCUGACUAGAUAACGCCAAAAGCUGUUCUGUAUGUGCUGUAGCUAUGCACCCCCUGAACCCCCCUUCUUCCUCACUCCCUCCCUCCCUCUCUGCUGCAAAAUGGCUACAUGCCUUCUGUUAAAACAAGGCUGUCUAGCCUUAUAAACAUGUUCAGAUGUGCAGUGGCCUUAGCCUGGGUACAGCGACAUAUUGUAGCUCUGUAAGACAGACUGUAGAGUGGGUGUGAGCAUUAAUGUGUGUGUUGGAAAUUGAUGUGUGUAUUUAAUGCAUGACAGACUUUCAAAUGGCGUAUGGGAAGACAUUUCAUUAUACGAUAAACUGUGAUUGAAGUGUAAAUGCAGGGGACUGGGGGAAGGUUGCCAAAUUAACCUCAUCAUUAAAUGGGCAUUUUUAGAAAAGACAUGACCUAACUUUCUAAUAAGGUGGACUGCUUUGAGCUUCUUAUAGUCAACUGUAUAUUGUGUAUGUAAAAAAGGUAACUCUAUUGGUUAAUUAGGUUAAAUUCAACAUUAUGAUAGUGAAGACAAUGUUUGACAUCUUGUGCUUGUUAUUACAGAAUUACUUGGUUACUGCGUUAUAAUAAGGCCAUCGGGGGGAUGCUUGCUGUCGAGUCAGCCCUCGUUCAGCCUUCGAUCACUCAAAUGGCAUGUCUCCGUAGCGAGCAGACAGAUGGAUUGAAGUGCAAUUAAAGCUCCAAGGUUGUGGGUUUGAUUGCGUCACGCACAAGCCGUCCCCCGGACCCAUGCAUUUGUAAUGCUCUCCUUUAGAAAGAGAUGGAUCGGUGGGAUUGUCCUGCCAGCGGUCUCCCCAGACCAUGUCUUCAUUUGAGUUCCCCCUUCCAUCAAUUAAUCAAUGAAAGUAACUAAUCCGAGAGGGACAAACAGCAGCGAGGCGACACUCGAUUUCACAUACACUACCAGUCAAAAGUUUGGACACACCUACUUAUUCCAGGGUUCUUCUUUACUUUUACUAUUUUCUACAUUGUAGAAUAAUAGUGAAGACAUCAAAACUAUUAAAUAACACAUAUGGAAUGAUGUAGUAACCAAAAAAGUGUUCAACAAAUCAAAAUAUAUUUUAUAUUUGAGAUUCUUCAAAUAGCCACCGUUUGCCUUGAUGACAGCUUUGCACACUCUUUGUGCAUCGAGAUGUGCGGUGACGCACACAGGGGUAAUCUCGAGGAAACAGUGGGUGCUACACCAGGCAUUCAGUGCCACCAUCAAUCCGGUAAUGAGGACAAAGGCAAUGUCGGAAUUUAAACGUAUUCAGACUCCUUGACUCUUUCCACAAUUUGUUACGUUACAGCCUUAUUCUAAAAUGGAUUACAUUUGAAAUACCACAUAAUGACAAAGCGAAAACAGGUUUUUAGAUUUUUUUUCAAAUGUAUUAAAAAUAAAAAAGAGAUACCUUAUUUACAUAAGUAUUCAGACCCUUUGCUAUGAGACUCGAAAUUGAGCUCAAGUGCAUCCUGUUUCCAUUGAUCAUCCUUGAGAUGUUUCUACAACUUGAUUGGAGUCCACCUGUGGUAAAUUCAAUUGAUUGGACAUGAUUUGGAAAGGCACACACCUGUCUAUAUAAGGUCCCACAGUUGACAGGUCAUGUCAGAGCAAAACUCAAGCCAUGAGGUUGAAGGAAUUGUCCGUAGAGCUCUGAGACAGGAUUGUGUCGAGGCACAGAUCUGCAGCAUUGAAGGUCCCCAAGAACACAGUGGCCUCCAUCAUUCUUAAAUGGAAGAAGUUUGGAACCACCAAGAGUCUUCCUAGAACUGUCCGCUCUGCCAAACUGAGCAAUCGGGGGAGAAAAGCCUUGGUCAAGGAGGUGACCAAGAACCCGAUGGGCACUCUUAUAGUGCUCCAGUUUUUCAGCGGUAGGGACUGGGAGACUAGUCAGGAUCGAGGGGAAAGAUGAACGAAGCAAAGUACAGAGAGAUCUCAGACUGGGGCGAAGGUUCACCUUCCAACAGGAAAACAACCCUAAGCACACAGCCAAGACAAUGCAGGAGUGGCUUCGGGACAAGUCUCUAAAUGUCCUUGAGUGGCCUAGCUAGAGCCCAGACUUGAACCCUAUCAAACAUCUCUGGAGAGACCUCAAAAUAGCUGUGCAGCGAUGCUCCCCAUCCAACCUGACAGAGCUUGAGAGGAUCUGUAGAGAAGAAUGGUAGAAACUCCCCAAAUACAGGUGUGCCAAGCUUGUAGCGUCAUACCCAAGAAGCCUCGAGGUUGUAAUCGCUGCCAAAGGUGCUUCAACAAAGUACUGAGUAAAGGGUCUGAAUACUUAUGUAAAUGUUAUAUUUCAGUUUUUUAUUUUUAAUACAUUUGCAAAAAAUUAGAAUAACCUGUUUUUGCUUUGUCAUUAUGCGGUAUUGUAUGUAGAUUGAUGAGGGAAAAAGGCUAUUUAAUCCAUUAUGGAAUAAGGCUGUAACAUAACAAAAUGUGGAUAAAGUCAAGGUGUCUGAAUAUUUUCCGAAUGCACUGUAUACAAAUGCUGGGCAGGCCAUUAUUUUUGCCAUCAUUUUGGCUACCAUUGCUAUGCCCCCAUAUGAUGAUAAUGCCCCCAUCCACAGGGCACGAGUGGUUACUGAAUGGUUUGAUGAGCAUGAAAACGAUGUAAACCAUAUGCCAUGGCUGUCUCAGUCACCAGAUCUCAACCCAAUUGAACACUUAUGGGAGUUUCUGGAGCGGCGCCUGAGAGCGUUUUCCACCACCACAAAACAGUAAAUGAUGGAAUUUCUCAUGGAAGAAUGGUGUUGCAUCCCUCCGAUAGAGUUCCAGACACUUGUAGAAUCUAUGCCAAGGUGCAUUGAAGCGGUUCUGGCUCGUGAUGGCCCAACACCCUAUUAAGACAAUUUUAAGUUUAGUGUUUCCUUUAUGUCGUCAUCUUUCCUUCCUCACCGUGACUUGGAGUACUGGGAGGAAGUGGAACAGGGUCUUGGCGAGAUUGAAAGAACAUGUUCUGUGAAGAGGUUACUAUUAAUUGAUGAGUUUCAGAAUCCCACUAAACAGGUUCCUCAUGAAAAUGUCAAGAUUCAUGAGACAUUGAAAUAUGCACGUAGGUAGGCACUCUGCAAUGACUAAUUAAUGAGGCAUUGUUAUGUACCGAGGCAAUUCAGCGGGUUUGUCUACACUUCCUCAUGAUUAUACAGCCAUUUGGUUAACACAAUUUAUUAUUUACCCAACUAAUCAAAUUUAGAGGUGUAUCCAAGGGAAGUUGUCAUUUUGAACAGCAUUUAAAAAAUCUUAGAGAAAAUUAUUAUAAUAUUAGCACAGUUCAAAGUCCUCAAUCUCAUCAAUCAACGAUUACGUAGAAGCUCCUCUCAAUAUCUUUAUCCCCUGUUUUCUCAGGUAUCCUCUACAAAGGCAGCGGUGAGAACCAGUUCAUCUCACUGCAGCCUCCCGUCAUCUCUACAGUGAUGGGGAACGGUCGGCGCCGUAGCAUCUCGUGCCCCAGCUGCAAUGGCCAGGCCCUGGGCAACAAGCUGCUGGCGCCCCUGGCCCUGGCGUGGGGCAUCGACGGCAGCCUCUAUGUGGGCGAUUUCAACUACAUCCGACGCAUCUACCCAUCGGGCAACGUCACCAGCGUCAUGGAGCUCAGGUUAGUUAAGGUUCUGCAUGGAACUGUAAUGGUGGUGCAUGGUUGUUUGGUUCUGACCUUUUGUUGCUUUAGCUCAGUUGGCAGAUUUUGAGGCUUUGCAUGGAUCUGUAAUGGAGGUGCAUGACCUUUGACCUAUUGGUUCAGAUCUUUUGACCCUUCAAGUCUAGUUCUUUGGUUCUUCUGAGGUAAAAGUGCAUGGAAUGGGUGUUUAGGACAAAGUGGGUUGCAUGGAUGUAAAAUUCACCCAUAGCCAGUGGUGUAAAGUACUUAAAUAAAAUGACUUUUAAGUACUACUUAAGUAGUUUUUUGGGUAUCUGUACUGCACUUUACUAUAUAUAUUUUUGACAACUUUUACUUUUACUUCACUACAUUCCUAAAUAAUAUAAUGUACUUUUUAGUCCAUACAUUUUCCCUGACACCCAAAAGUACUCGUUACAUUUUGAAUGCUUAGCAGGACAGGAAAAUUGUCCAAUUCACACACUUAUCAAGAGAAUAUCUCUGGUCAUCUCUACUGCCUCUGAUCUGGCGGACUCACUAAAGACAAAUGCUUUGUUUGUAAAUGAUGACUGAAUGUUGAAAUGUGCCCCUGGCUAUCUGUAAAAAUGUUUUUUAUAUAUAUAUAUAUAUACACAGUGGGGAAAAAAAGUUUUUAGUCAGCCACCAAUAGUGCAAGUUCUCCCACUUAAAAAGAUGAGAGAGGCCUGUAAUUUUCAUCAUAGGUACACGUCAACUAUGACAGACAAAUUGAGAUUUUUUUUCUCCAGAAAAUCACAUUGUAGGAUUUUUUAUGAAUUUAUUUGCAAAUUAUGGUGGAAAAUAAGUUUUUGGUCAAUAACAAAAGUUUCUCAAUAAUUUGUUAUAUACCCUUUGUUGGCAAUGACACAGGUCAAACAUUUUCUGUAAGUCUUCACAAGGUUUUCACACACUGUUGCUGGUAUUUUGGCCCAUUCCUCCAUGAUCUCCUCUAGAGCAGUGAUGUUUUGGGGCUGUCGCUGGGCAACACGGACUUUCAACUCCCUCCAAAGAUUUUCUAUGGGGUUGAGAUCUGGAGACUGGCUAGGCCACUCCAGGACCUUGGAAUGCUUCUUAUGAAGCCACUCCUUCGUUGCCCGGGCGGUGUGUUUGGGAUCAUUGUCAUGCUGAAAGACCCAGCCACGUUUCAUCUUCAAUGCCCUUGCUGAUGGAAGGGGUUUUUCACUCAAAAUCUCACGAUACAUGGCCCCAUUCAUUCUUUCCUUUACACGGAUCAGUCGUCCUGGUCCCUUUGCAGAAAACAGCCCCAAAGCAUGAUGUUUCCACCCCCAUGCUUCACAGUAGGUAUGGUGUUCUUUGGAUGCAACUCAGCAUUCUUUGUCCUCCAAACACGACGAGUUGAGUUCUUACCAAAAAGUUAUAUUUUGGUUUCAUCUGACCAUAUGACAUUCUCCCAAUCCUCUUCUGGAUCAUCCAAAUGCACUCUAGCAAACUUCAGACGGGCCUGGACAUGUACUGGCUUAAGCAGGGGGACACGUCUGGCACUGCAGGAUUUGAGUCCCUGGCGGCGUAGUGUGUUACUGAUGGUAGGCUUUGUUACUUUGGUCCCAGCUCUCUGCAGGUCAUUCACUAGGUCCCCCCGUGUGGUUCUGGGAUUUUUGCUCACCGUUCUUGUGAUCAUUUUGACCCCACGGGGUGAGAUCUUGCGUGGAACCCCAGAUCGAGGGAGAUUAUCAGUGGUCUUGUAUGUCUUCCAUUUCCUAAUAAUUGCUCCCACAGUUGAUUUCUUCAAACCAAGCUGCUUACCUAUUGCAGAUUCAGUCUUCCCAGCCUGGUGCAGGUCUACAAUUUUGUUUCUGGUGUCCUUUAACAGCUCUUUGGUCUUGGCCAUAGUGGAGUUUGGAGUGUGACUGUUUGAGGUUGUGGACAGGUGUCUUUUAUACUGAUAACAAGUUCAAACAGGUGCCAUUAAUACAGGUAACGAGUGGAGGACAGAGGAGCCUCUUAAAGAAGAAGUUACAGGUCUGUGAGAGCCAGAAAUCUUGCUUGUUUGUAGGUGACCAAAUACUUAUUUUCCACCAUAAUUUGCAAAUAAAUUCAUUAAAAAUCCUACAAUGUCAUUUUCUGGAUUUUUUUUCUUCUCAAUUUGGCUGUCAUAGUUGACGUCUACCUAUGAUGAAAAUUACAGGCCUCUCUCAUCUUUUUAAGUGGGAGAACUUGCACAAUUGGUGGCUGACUAAAUACUUUUUUCCCCCACUGUAUAUAUAUAAGGAAUUUGAAAUGAUUUAUACUUUUAGCAAAAUAUAAAGUGUAUAUAAAACCAAAAACGUUUAGACUUUUACUCAAGUAGUAUUUUACUGGGUGACUUUUACUUGAGUCAUUUUCUAUUAAGGUAUCUUUACUUUUCCUCAAGUAUGACAAUUGGGUACUUUUUCCACCACUGCCCAUAGCAUGUUGGCUGGAGUACAUACAAAGCAAACUGUCACUUACAGUGACAGACUAGUCUCUUGCUCUGUUAGACGGUUGGCUUUGAGUGGCAUGUGGUGUUGUGAGUUCAAGCCCCACUGGUGGCAGAACAAAAUUCAUUCUGUUACAUAAACUUGAAGGGGGUGGACAUCUGACGUGUAGUGGUCUUCUUUGAACUGUGAAUCAGUGGUUUUCCGAGACUGUCUUAACAAUGCACAGGGUGGUCAGACAACUUUUGGCCUACUUGCACAGUAUCCAAUGUGAUGGAACAGAAGAACAGAGAGAUUCACUAUUUAAUGUGGCAUCUUUUCUAAAUCCUUCAUCACAAUUAGAGAAAGACGCCAUGUAAUCGAGACGAUUUAAGCCGUCUUGUCAAGUUGGUUUCACUCACCAAUAAGCUUCAUUCGGCCAAUUGUCAGACUUAGAAACCGCCAUUUUACAGCCAGAGCUACUCAAUUCAAAGCAUAUGAAAUCUUUCAAAUCAAUUGGAUGCCCUUGGCCCUCCCAUUGCAAAAAACAGUAAUAUGCUUAAGUCUUCAGUUCAGAAGACAUCCCCACAAAUCACAUACAACACCAACAACUACCUGUUCAUUAUGUUUUGAUACAUUAUCUUAAAGGUUGCAUGGGGAAAGUUAAGCCCACAUGGUUGGAUUGCUCAUUAUAAUAAAUGUAUAAUGUAUAUACACUACAUCUCAUUCCAAAAUCAUGGGCAUUAAUAUGGAGUUGGUCCCCCCUUUGCUGCUAUAACAGCCUCCACUCUUCUGGGAAGGUUUGAAAAAUGUAUGCACUCACUAACUGUAAGUUGCUCUGGAUAAGAGCGUCUGCUAAAUGACUAAAAUGUAAAAUGUAAGGCUUUCCACUAGAUGUUGGAACAUUGCUGCAGGGACUUGCUUCCAUUCAGCCACAAGAGCAUUAGUGAGGUCGGUGAAAUAGCCAAAUCCACUAAUUUGAAGGGGUGUCCACAUACUUUUGGCCGUGUAGUGUAUGUACAUCCAUGAGAGUACAUGUAAGUCCCAACCUGGCUUCUCAACCUGGCAUGCAAUGGCUUGGGGUUUAGAUAUAAAGUCCUUAUUUAGAUAUGGAGCUGUAUAACGAGUGGUGGGAUCAAUAUUCCGAUACUCAGUGGUUAAAUGGAGAAAAAAGCAGAGGUGUAAUGGCCCAAUGGAUUGACUGGUGGGGGAGUUUUUAUAUUCUCCUCUCAGUGAGUUAUGGGUGCAGGGUUUAACCAAGCCAUAGUCACUCUCCUCCUUUUUUGCCUCCUUUCUGCUCAACAAAUCUUCAUUGUCUGCUUCUUUUUUAUGGUGUUUUUCUUAGACCUUUAAGUCACACACUUUUACAGUCUCUCUCCAUCUUUCUCUUUUCUGCUUCCUUCCUUUAUUCCCACCCUAAGAAAUAAAGAUUUUAGACACAGGUAGGUGUGUUAUGUUGCAGUUUCUCUCACUGUCUUUGUGUGUUUCCGUCCUCACAGGUUUCAUAGGAAUGGCAUAAUUUUUUAUGAACUUAUUUUUAUGGCAAAUUGAUAAGCCUCUAAGGCAUUGUUUGAUCAUGUGGUUUGGCUCAUAAAGGUGUCAUGUUUUUUAAUUCCACUUUGUAAUGUAACGUUGACUUUUUCUUCUGUGUUUAUUGCAUUAUCACAUUUAUUUUAAACACAUUAUUCAAUUUAUAAGUGUCAAAGGCUUACAGUAUGGACUAAUGUACCAUUAAACAUGAGAACACUCACUGGGCUAUCUUUAUUUCCAGACAGUAAAACAAGUGUUAUUCACCUUUAACAGCUUAUAUUCUAGCGUAUUAUUGGCCUCCAAGCACACACAUGUUAUCUCUUCUUUAGUUGGAAAGAGUUGGUAAUUUAGAUUCAUUGAUAUGUCUGUGUCAUUUAGUCAUGUAAGAGGAUUAAUGUUAACUGGCGUAGAAAAAUGUGAAUGUAAUUGCCUUUGACAAAAAAGGUAAGUUCUAAGUCAAUACUACUACACUUGCUGUAUAUUGCUGACAUCUAGCACCCUACAUAGAAGAUUAUUAAUUAUGUCCUUGCAUCAGAUAAUUUUUUCAUAAUGGCAGCAAGCCAUGAAGAAGUCUCUGCUAACUCAUUCUGAACGAGCCCGCCACAUUUUGUGGCAUUUUAAAGUGAAUUCAAAUAAGCACAACCCAAUGAAAUGCCAUCAGUUGUUGACUGUCAUUAACAUAAGCACAUCAUUCCAUUAUUUCCGUUGACUUCCCCUCGCAGGGUAGUGAUAACGAUUUAAAUGAUCUGGCACCCUUCAAGUUGUCGCUGCCGCUUUGUCAUACACAAACCCGCUCCAGUCAUAUCCUGUUAAAUUCUGUUAAAUUCUUUCACUCCAGGUCUCAGGCUAUUGCCCACCCGUCUGUUAUGCAAAAAGCCUCACACAACACAAGCCUCAUCGGGCAUUCACAAUGACCAAAAAUACAUACAGAUACAGAGGCUAUCUUUUCUUUGGUCAUUAUCAUUCUGAAUGUCACAUUUUCUUACUAUGUUAUUUUGGAAAAACACCUUCAAACUAGAUUAUCUUGGGAUUGUUCAAAUUCGGAAGAAAAACCCCAUAAAACUAGAUUAUUUUUAUAUUGUUCAUAUUGCGGCAGUCGCAGUAACCACAUUUUUCCUCAAUCAUAGUAACAACCCUGCUCACCGCUAUUACCUGGCCACUGACCCGGUGACUGGGCAGCUGUAUGUGUCGGACACCUACUCACGGAGGAUCUACCAGCCCAAGGUCCUGACUGGGUUCAAGGAACUGCAGAGUAACACAGAGGUGGUGGCAGGGACCGGGGAGCACUGUCUGCCCUUUGACGAGACCCACUGUGGGGAUGGGGGCAAGGCCACGGAGGCCCUGCUUACUGGGCCAAAAGGUAGGCGCCAAGCCAAAAUACUGGAACGCUACUGGGUGUGCAGAGUUGCAGGCUUUUGGUCCAGCCCUGCAGUAACACAUUUGAUUAGAACAUACAGUAAUUAGCUGAAUUGGAUGUGUUACUGAAGGGCUGAAAUGAAAUCCUGCAAAGCUUUCAAAAGAUUGGUGGUUCACAUCACAAAUGUUUUAGAAGUAAUGUGUUAAUAUAUUCUAUUUAGGUAGCCCUUUUCACCAGGUCAGAAAAUAUAAGGAUAACUGGCAUCAUUCACCAUACAUGUGUACUGUAGCACCAAACUGGGUGAAGUAUGGCAGCCAUAUUGGACCUAAAAACUCACCACCCUCUGAAUAUUCUCAAGAAGUCAUGGAUUAUUAGUUUGUCUGGUGUGUGCCAGCCUUGAAAGUCCCCCUAAUGGCACUGCUUAAACUGCAUUUUAAAUAGUGGGUUUGAAUGAAAAGAGGCUGGGAGGAAGUGAAUCUAACUAUGGAGGGGGAGGAGGUAGAGGCUGGGGGGAAAAGAGGGCAGAUGGCUGGGGUACUCUUCCCCAGACGUUUGCUGAAAUAUACUCAAAUGUGACACUUUUCAUCUGUCUGAAUUUUCCCCAGAGUGUCAAAAAGCCAGCUCUCCCAGAAUGCUCCCUCAGCUCUUUAAUGUUUCAGGACCCAGGCAAUCUUUGGGCAGAUCUAGCCACAGGUCAAACCAAACACUCCCCUAUAACCACUUGAUUCCAUUUAAAAAAAUUGAUCUUACAGGUGUACUUGAGAUAAAAAAAAAAAAAAAGUAAAACAAUUUAUUUAGAAGUUAUUAAAUGUGUCAAAUGCUUUUGAGUUUAAAUCCGCCCACAAUGUGCGUUUAUACCAGCUUUUUACAGCGCUUAUUGAGAAAAUAAAUUGAAGUUUAUGUGAGGUUUAAUUGAAAUCCUAUAGGCUCUGGUCUUUAUUAGGAGCGCACAGUGACAUGAAGAGAUGUGGAGUGUGCCAUGGUUGCUAAUGUAUUUUCCCCGUGUGGGACAAAUGACUAUGGCAAGUACUCUCCUUGCGCUGAAACCCUCAGCCAUCACUCAAUCAGUCAGGCAAUUUUGCCUGCCGUCGUAACCAUGGCAACUGCCUGUCGCUCACCCGUUUCGUCUAAAAUUGACCAAAGUCGUCAUUUCCCCCCGCCUACCCAUUUCACAGAUAGAGUGAAGAUGGUUGAUGAUUGCUGGGUGUCCGAGCUGCAAUUUGAGGGAAAGAAGCAACACUCAUUGACACUUCACCUCUGAGUUCUGUUAUUAGAAGCGGGAUAUGGUGAGACACGGGCGCCCGGCGCACAUACAGUAGGGACACAGCCUUUCCUACUUCACCCUGAGAAAUUAUUCAAUAGCAGGAAAGCAAGCAGUUUAAUUAUUGAAGGCUGUGCUUUUUGCAGUGACCUGAAUAAUGGGAAGCCAAACUCGACACAUGUAUCUGUUGUGUUCGGUCCACAGAGUCAUGCAAGCAGAGAAAACCAAACAACUCCCAUGUCUGACACGUCUAUCUAUCUGUUAUCACUUAUGCAUUUCUUUUAUUCCCCCUUUCCCCCCUUUGCCUCGACAGGUAUCGCUGUGGACAAGAAUGGACUGAUAUACUUUGUGGACGGCACCACGAUCCGGAAAGUGGACCAAAACGGCAUCAUAUCCACCCUCCUGGGCUCCAACGACCUGACGUCGGCACGCCCCCUGACCUGUGACAUCAGCAUGGAAAUCAAUCAGGUGGCUGUCAGAGUACCAGUCAGGCCUCCCUCAAGCCUGUUCUGUCCUCAAGUCAGGUCUCAUAGGGCUCACCUCACAGCGCCACCCUGUGGUACUCUCCAUGUCCAUCUAUGAGUCACUCAGUCUUUGGAGUGUUACAUAAUGCAGUCCCUCCUGGAUUCUGCGAUCGCAAUUUGUUUAGCAAAAUCAACAAUACCUUGCAUAUUCGAGGGCUUGCAAAUUUGACCAAUCAUUGUACUACUACUGCAUAAAAUAGGAAAACCUCUGCAGUAUUAGUGUAUAAAAGUGUCUGAAAACCGCACUACAAAAAGAUAGCUCGCAAUUUUAACCAAUCACCACUUUUACCGCAUAAAAUGGUUCAAUCAAGCCACACGUCAACAAACUUUUCCCCCCAUCAGCGCAUUUCCGUGACAAUUUGGACAAAAUUAUUGCAUACCAUGCAUAAUGUUAGAAUUGUUGCAGCAACAUCAAGCAUUUUUCCCUGCAACACUCACAGAAACUGAUCAUGAAAGUACUUGCACAGUUAAAUAAUAUGGUUAUUUCAGGGGAAGGAAAGUCAUUAGGAGGCAUUAUAUUGUUGUUUAAAAGACCCCUAUGCACUCUCAAGUUGCUGAGGCUUAUUGUUUGGUAUCUAGAGCAGUGUGUCCUUAUCUGUUCCUCAGGGACCCACAGGACUGCAUAUUUUUGUUGCAGCACACUAGCACAUCGGAUUCAUACAGUCAAAUAACACCAAGCCCUUGAUUAGUUGAAUCAGGUGAUGGAAGUUUGUGUAGUCAGCAGCUGCAUUUUUGAGGGGGUCAUUCCUACCAAACAGCAUGACAUUUCAACACUUGUCUAUCUAACAAUUUUCCACAUAUGCAAAAGAAUGAGUCUCUAAAAUCUGCCCUUAACAGCAUGAACAUAGUGCUUUGUCAGAAGACACUAAGUUAGCGUCUUAUGAGGGCAAGACACUUACUCAAUAUAACUUUGGCUCUCCUCUCAAACAUUAAUAUCAAUGUCCCCUCUAUCCCCUUCCAUUACAUACAAUCUCUGAUGUGGUGCAAAUGAAUAAUGAAGAAAAUAAAAAUGAAGAAAAUAUUUUAUCAUAUGAAAAUGGAAUGGUGGGCCUCCAUUACACACCAUAUAUUUAUGGUGUCCGGAGAGGACGUUUCAGGUGUGGAUUGGGGUCAAGAGUCAAACGCAACUUGGAUUGGGGUCCCUUACCUCUGCCCUUUACUCCAAGGGGACAUACCAGACAGCAUUUCCAUGUCUGUUAUCAGUACCCUAAGGGAGGCUUGAAACCAUCAGACAAGAAUUAAACAUGUCUUAAGUUAAUUAAAACAGUUCAAUGUUACAACACAACACAUAUCUUUUUGACUAGAUUAUAGUAACCUGAGGCAUAUUGUCCCUUAAGAAGGCAGACUGGCAGGCUUAAUGAAUGGCACAGAGACAGACAAUAAUGAGUUGUGUGCAGUCUUGAGGGCAAAAUGGCUUGUUAUUAAUCACUGUCUGGAAAUGAUGAUUAAGUAUGUGUUUUCCCACAGUUUUUGACAAUGCUGAUGUCACCCUGAAAUAUUUAGGAGAAUGUGGACAUUUAUAAUGGGACAAUGUUGCCAAUGUCACAUUGAUGAUGAUCAGACAAUAUAAUUUCAGGAGACAGGGAUGUCUCAAUACCACAUCUCUGUGAGAAAGUCAUGUCUCAAUGUCACAUAUCUGAGAGAAAGUAAUGUCUUAAUGCCACAUCUCUGUGGUGCCUAUAACAAUGUCCCUAUCUGCAGGUGCUCCUGGAGUGGCCCACCGACCUAGCGGUCAGCCCCAUGGAUAACUCCCUGUACAUCCUGGACAACAAUGUGGUCUUACGAAUCACUGAGAACGGCCAGGUCAGCAUUGCAGCGGGCCGGCCCAUCCACUGCCCGUUGGCCGGGAUGGACCGCGGGGAAGCCGGAGGUCAAAGGGCUGCGCUGACGCCCCUGGAGUCCGCUGUUGCCAUCGCCGUUUCCUACUAUGGCGCCAUCUUCGUCGCCGAAACUGACGAACGGAAGCUUAGCCGAAUCCGAACGAUAUCCGUCGACGGUGAAAUAACCCAUCUGGCAGGGUCGCCCUCCGACUGUGAUUGUAAGAACGACGUCAACUGCGACUGUUACCAGACCGGCGAGGGCUACGCCAAAGACGCCCGUCUCAACGCCCCAUCCUCUCUGGUCGUGGCGCCCGAUGGCACCCUGUACGUGGCAGACCUGGGCAACAUCCGCAUCCGUGCUGUUGGUAGAAACGGGCCUGUGUUGACCUCUAGCACCAACACCUUUGAAGUGGCGUCACCUGAUGUCCAGGAAGUGUAUGUCUUUGACGCCAACGGUACCCACCAACACACCUCCAGCCUCCUGACGGGUGACUUUAAGUACACUUUCAGCUACAGCAUGGAGAACGACGUUACCGCUGUGACCGAUAGCAAUGGGAACACCCUGAGGAUCCGCCGCGACCCCAACCGCAUGCCCGUGCGCAUAGUCGCCCCCGACAACCAGGUCAUCUGGCUGAUCAUGGGGACCAACGGUGGGCUAAAGACCUUGACAGCUCAGGGCCAGGAACUGGUGCUACUCACCUACCAUGGUAACACUGGCCUGCUGGCUACCAAAACCUCAGAAAUCGGCUGGACCACAUUCUACGAGUGAGUAUACAGAAGUAGGAGGGACUGAUUUUUCCAAUGUCAGAGUAGACCUUCACUUUUUAGGGUGAUGAGAGCCUGACUAGAUAAAUACUUGAUCAUAAGGUAAGUUGCUGCUUUCAACUUACAAUGAAUGUACAGUAUAUUCAGGUUUGAUUUUAAUUUGGUGGCAGUCAGUGACUUCCUUCACAUUGACACACACUCGGAAGUUUGCCUACAGUGUCAUAUUUUGAUCCUUUUAAAGGUUAUUCUACCAAGUUACGUAAAAAGAGACCAUGUGGUGACUGUGUGUGAGGUUGUUGGCUAGAUAUGCUCGACAAAAUGACACCAUGCAUCGAUGAAAGAAUUCAUGAAUCACAAUGAUCACCUUUACAUAAAGUUCUCUCUAUCUUUCAGCUAUGACAGCGAAGGCAGGAUAAUGAACGUGACAUUCCCCACCGGAACAGUGAAAAACCUGUACACCGACAUCUACAGGGCCUUGACUGUGGACAUUGAGAGCUCCUUGACUGAAGAGGAAAUUAGUAUUACCACCAAUACCUCCACCAUCCGUGCCUUCUAUACACUGGCUCAGGGUAAAGGCGUCCCCAUACUUCCCAGCCGAAACAGUUCGGUAGAGUUCGUGCAUAUCAGUGGCGGUAGAUGCCGGUUAAGAUUAGGGAGGACAGUUUUGUUUUUAUGAGCAUGGCAAUAUUUCUAUUACAGCAUAUUGGAUGACUGACAUUCAGAUUCCAUUCACCCAGCUCAAUGUAACAUCGAUAGGUUUAGGCUACUACAUGAUACUCUAAUUAUGCCUAUGCACAGGUCGAGAGAAAAAUUAGAGUAAUCAAUACCGCCUUGCACACUCUUGCCUGCAUCUAGCUGAUCUAGGGUGUAAUCAUUAGUCCAAACAGUUGCAGACGAGUGUUUCUAUUGGACAAAUUCAGGUAUGUUUAUCCCCGUUUCGUUCCGUUUGCUUCCAGUUAAGAAGUGUUUAUCAACAGAAUCGGCGGAAUGAAUACACCCCUGAUCACCCGCAAACACAGUUCACUUUCAUAGAAGCCACAUAAAAACAGUAUGAUCACUUUGCUCGUUGUAUAACUCCUUCUCGCAUCUAUACGCUCUCCUCCUCUCACCUUUUCCCUUAGCUUGUGGACUUCAGUGGGCAACACAACAGCUGUCUGUGACCAGGCGAUAAAACCUUUCCAAGCCAAACCUUCAUACCAUAACCGCUAACCACUACACACAGCCUACGUCAUUGUCACCAUAUUAGCUAUCAUCGUAGUCAACAUACAGUACCUUCGGAAAGUAUUCAGACCCCUUGACUUUUUCCACAUUUUGUUACGUUACAGCCUUAUUCUAAAAUUGAUUAAAUAGUUUUUUUCCUCAUCAAUCUACACACAAUACCCCAUAAUGACGAAGCAAAAACAGGAUUUUAUCAACUUUUGCAAAUGUAUUACAAAUAAAAAACUGAUAUCACAUUUACAUAAGUAUUCAGACCCUUUUCUCAUUACUUGGUUGAAGAACCUUUGGCAGCGAUUACAGCAUCAAGUUAUCUUGGGUAUGACGUAACAAGCUUGGCACACCUGUAUUUUGGGAGUUUCUCUCAUUCUUCUCUAGCGAUCCUCUCAAGCUCUGUCAGGUUGGAUGGGGAGCAUUGCUGCACAGCUAUUUUCAGGUGUCUCCAGAUAUGUUCGAUCGGGUUCAAGUACGGGCUCUUGCUGGGCCACUCAAGGACAUUCAGAGACUUGUCUCGAAGCCACUCCUGCGUUGUCUUGGCUGUGUGCUUAGGGUCGUGGUCCUGUUGGAAGGUGAACCUUCGCCCCAGUCUGAGGUCUAGAGCACUCUGGAGCAGGUUUUCAUAAAGUAUCUCUCUUUACUUUGCUCCAUUCAGCUUUGCCUCGAUCCUGACUAGUCUCCCAGUCCCUGCUGCUGAAAAGCAUCCCCACAGCAUGAUGCUGCCACCACCAUACUUUACCGUAGGGAUGCUGCCAGGUUUCUUCCAGACGUGACGCUUGGCAUUCAGGCCAGAGAGUUCAAUUUUGGUUUCAUCAGACCAGAGAAUCUUGUUUCUGAUGGCCUGAGAGUCUUAGGUGCCUUUUGGCAAGCUCCAAGCGGGCUGUCAUGUGCCUUUUACUGAGGAGUGGCUUCCGUCUGGCCAAUCUACCAUACAGGCCUGAUUGGUGGAGUGCUGCAGAGAUGGUUGUCCUUCUGGAAGUUUCUCCCAUCUCCACAGAGGAACUCUAGAGCUCUGUCAGAGUGACCAUAUGGUUCUUGGUCACCUCCCUGACCAAGGCCCUUCUCCCCCGAUUGCUCAGUUUGGCCGGGCGGCCAGCUCUAGGAAGAGUCUUGGUGGUUCUCAAACUUCUUCCAUUUAAGAAUGAUGGAGGCCACUGUGUUCUUGGGGACCUUCAAUGCUACAGAAAUUGUUUGGUACCCUUCCCCAGAUCUGUGCCUCAACACAAUCCUGUCUCAGAGCUCUACGGACAAUUCCUUUGACCUCAUGGCUUGGUUUUUGCUCUGACAUGCACUGUCAACUGAGGGACCUUAUAUAGACAGGUGUGUGCCUUUCCAAAUCAUGUCCAAUCAAUUGAAUUUACCACAGGUGGACUACAAUCAAGUUGUAAAAACAUCUCAAGGAUGAUCAAUGAAAACAGGAUGCACCUGAGCUCAAUUUCGAGUCUCUUAGCAAAGGGUCUGAAUACUUAUGUAAAUAAGUUAUUUCUGUUUUUUAUUUUUAAUACACUUGCUAAAAUAAAAAUAAAAAUGUUUUCGCUUUGUCAUCAUGGGGUAUUGUGUGUAGAUUGAUGAGGAUUUAUUUAAUCCAUUUUAGAAUAAGGCUGUAAUAUAACAAAAUGUGGAAAAAGUAACAGGGUCUGAAUACUUUCCAAAGGCACUGUAGCUACUAGGACUAACGUGUUACUAAACCCGCUACAAUCAUGCAGUACAGUGUACAGCAAGCAGUUUAUCACUGAACCAUGAGCCUCCUAGGUUUUGUAUUGAAGUCAAUGUACCCAGAGGAGGACAGAAACUAGCUGUCCUCCGGCUACACCAUGAAUUUUUUGUUUGUUUUGGACUUCAGUGAGGGUUUUUCAGCUGUUCAGGCACACAACAUUUUUCUGGAGGCAAGCCGAAGUCUACGCCCCUUCAUCGGUGAUUGGUCAGUAGGAAUUCUUCAAUAAAGUCUUUGUUGUCAUUCAACGAGAGACUACUCGUUUUAUGCAAAUUUUUUCAUUGAGAAAUACUGCACCAAACAUCUUAGUUAGACGUAAAAUUGCUCGACUAGGAUUUAUUCGUCAAAAACGUCAAAAGUAAUGAUAGAUUUCUUGAGUUAUCUUAGAUUAAUUCUGACUAUUUUGAGGAAGUGUAUACUGGCUACGGCGUCUCAAAAUGGACAAACGGUACUAUUGCCACUUUUUGCUCGUUUUUCAACCAAAGGUCUUUCAAGGGAGUAUGCGAGCACACUCGUUUGGUUCGCCUAGCCGACUUCGGCUAGCCGCCAGCCGAACUGAAGCAUGCUGACGCCUUAAUCCACACAUCUCCUCCUCUGUGUUGCUGAUAGACAAACAGUUCAGGCUGCCAUUUUAAAGGUGGUUAUUUGUCAUUGUUGCUGGGGUCUCAGAGCAAUGUUGAUUAAGCUUAAGUCAUGUAUCAUUAUGGGUGAGCGGUUUGACAGAAGACAGUGUAAAUGAUUACUCCUUCAGUGUGUGAGAUGAGCAGAAACCUUGUAUCUUUACGUUUUGUAUUUUGUUUCAAGCUAUUUAGUGAAUUCUUCCGUUUAUUGUAGUUCUAUAGUCCUUUUCUAAUGUUCAUCUGUUUUUCUAUUGGAAGGUAGUGUUAUUGUUAUCUAACAUGACAUAGGCAAGAUUUCCCUGAGUAUCCACAACAAUAAUUUAUAAUCACAGUACAAUGUUAUCAAUUAUGACCCUGUCUUUUUAUAUUUUCAGAUCAAUGUAGAAGCAGUUAUCAGGUGGGCUAUGAUAACUCUCUGAGAAUCACCUAUGCCAACGGAAUGGACACCCACUACCAGACAGAGCCCCACAUCCUGGCGGGCACUGCCAACCCCACAGUGGCACGGCGUAACAUGAGUUUGCCAGGGGAGAGUGGGCAGAAUCUGGUUGAGUGGCGCUUCCGCAAGGAGCAGGCCAGGGGCAAAGUCAUCGUUUUUGGGCGCAAGCUAAGGGUGAGUUUCACUGUUUUAUUCAGAGAGUUUCACUUAUUUCCAAGACAUAUAUGGGCGGCGCACAAUUGGUCCAGCGUCGUCCAAGGUAGGGGAGGGUUUGGCCGGCAGGGAUGUGGGUUCGUUUCCCACGGGGAGCCAGUAUAAGAAAUUAAAAAAAACUUGUAUGCAUUCACUACCUGUAAGUCGCUCUGGAUAAGAGCGUCUGCUAAAUGACUAAAAUGUAAAUGUAAACAUAUUGGUGUUCAGUCACUUAUAUUAACUGUGACACUUAACUCCCUGGCAGCAUCAAGAUUUGGGCACUGAUAAAUGCCUAAAUUGGAACCGCAGUGGCUGUACAGUAACAUGCUAUACAUGACGUCAGAGCUCUGACUCUGUGCUUCGCAGCGCUGUAUGGGUUUUGACUGACAGCCCUUUUAAACUUGAGCACCUUGCUCGACAAGGAGUUGCCCCAUUCCCUUCCGCUAAUUGGGCAACUUUUGCAAAUGUUUUGUUGUCUGAGUGAGGGAAAUGCUGUAUAGUAAGAGGACUCUACAUAUUUUGAAAGAUGAGACGUUAAGGAUUGUAAUAAGUACCGCUUUGAUGUCAUACGUUCAAGCCAAACACCUGUCCAAAUGUGCACUUCACAUUUCCAUAUCAUAAAGCUCAUGUCAUUAACAGUGUCAACGUUUAUGAUCACUGUUUGAUGUACAGUUACAAGAUGACAUGGUGUCAUACCCUGGGUUAUUCUGAAACAGAAUGAGCCUAUGUUUGUCUAUUGUGAAGAAAAUUUGCAGCGGCACACGUUCCUGAAGGCACUCAUGACUCCUUUGUAUGCUCACCAAAAUUCUGAUCUGUUUCCCUGAAUUGCAAGCCUAACACUUUAAUAUCGUAUUUUAUAACUUAGCUAGUCAUGUUGGCAAUAGAACAGGCCUUCAAAUGAUGCCCACCUGACCAAGAUUGCGAUUUAUAAUGGACCGUUUUUGGAUUGCAAAAAAGAGCAACAGUGAUUGUGUGAUGGUGGGGAUGCAGGGUUGUGUUCCAAACAAAACAACUACAAGUGUGCUUGCUCUAGUUCCUCAACGGCACAGCUAGGAGAGCUCAAAAAGCACCUUAUAGUUGAAGUCUCUUAUUUGAGUCAUAAAAGUGCAUUACAAUUACUUAGGAAAUGUGCACACAUUGGAGAGGUGUGUGUGGUCACUUGGCGACACCAGUUUGUCCUUUCACUUAAACCCUUGUGAUGUUUUUGGUCUUAUGUUACACCUACCCCACAUUUUCUAGGAAUAUUCUUAUCAUGUUACUGAAUAUAUCCAGAGUAUUUUCAGAUUUCGUUAUCAACAAAUGCUGUGAAAAGUAAAGUAAAUGUAAAAUGCACAUACAAUCAACAGUGUAAUGUUUGGAUUCAGUCUUGUCAGGUGAACUGUUGUGACCUCAAGUUUGGUCUCAUUAUUUACAGCUAAUCUCCAAACUGUUCCCUUUCAAUUGCUGCUAUGGUAAUGCAUUUCUUCUGUAAGAAACAUUUAAAAUGUACCCCUAUCCAUAUAGGCCAAUUCCCUUGAGUGUAAAGGGUUAACAGCAAUUUUGUCCCUACUAAAUUUAGGGGGGGGAUUUAAGACUUGCUGAGCAAAUGCCAGAGUUUAAUGAAGCCAUUGAAGGAGCUGUUAAUCUCCUCACACUGAAUGCCAAAGAGUGGCAAUCACACUAAAUGCCAUUUUAACAGGCAGCCAGACAAAACAGUAAGUGCACUCUCUGUUUGUUUUUGUUUUGUCUGGGCUUUGAUCCAAUACACAUAUUACCAACUAACAGGUGAACGGCCGGAACAUUCUGUCGGUUGAUUAUGACCGUACGCUGAGGACGGAGAAGAUAUACGACGACCACAGGAAGUUCCUGCUGAAGAUUAUCUAUGACGGCGCUGGCCACCCUGUGCUGUGGGUGCCCAGCAGUAAGCUGCUGCCUGUGAACGUCAGCCGGACCAGCAAUGGGCAGAUCAAUGCCCUCCAGAGGGGGCCGACCACGGAGCGGUUGGAGUAUGACAGUCAGGGACGCCUCGUGUCCAGGGUGUUUGCUGACGGGAAGAGGUGGAGUUACACCUAUCUGGACAAGGUGAGGGUUGAAGCGACUCUAUAAAAUGCUUUGGUUCUCCACUGGUCGAUCAAUGCACAAACACAAAUGGAGUACUUUUGAUGGUCAAAGUAAUUGUAUAUUAAAAUCGAUGCCACACACACCUUGCUUAAGCAGAACUUUUAAAUCUCACACACACACACAUCCACACAUAAUGUACUUGCCCACAUUACAGCUGUUCAUUAUGUUAACACCUCGCAAACUUCCCUAAGAACAUAACUCCUCGCAGAACUUAAAAUAAGUGAGAUCACUUACUGCAGGACUCGGCUGCAAGGACUUUUCCUCAUGCAAAACCAUGCAGAGAUUUCCUCACCCUCCUUGAGCUCAUCGCGUGACCAGGAUAGGCUGUGUCAACAGAGAAACAUGGGGCACACUGAAAGCCUUGGGAGCUCAAGGACACGCAGUGUGACAACGGUUGACUGGGCAUGGCAUUUUCACAGGAAGGGUGGCAGCCCACUGAAAGCACUUCUAGCAUCCAAAGUGCAUAUGAGUUAACUCUGAGUCUGCAAGGAUUUAAGGAGCCAGAAAUAAACGUGUGAAUGUCUGAUGCAAUUGUUUAGGCUAUUUAGUGAGCUGGUGGUGUAUGUAUCAUUAUUUGUAUUAAUAAAACAUAGCAUUUAUGGACCGUAUAAAAAUGAAUAUUUAAAGUACUGUAAAUAAUGUUGUUCUCCCUUCCCUCAUCUUUCCUCUAGUCAAUGGUGCUCCUGCUCCACAGCCAGCGUCAGUACAUCUUCGACUUUGACUCUCAGGAUCGGCUAUCUGCAGUCACCAUGCCCAGUGUGGCACGCUACACCAUGCAGACGGUCCGCUCGGUGGGCUACUACCGCAACCUCUUUCACCCGCCCGACAGCAAUGCCUCUGUCGCUGUGGACUACAGCGAGGACAGCCUCCUCCAGCGAGUGGCACACUUGGGCACCGGCCGCCAGGUCCUCUACAAGUAUCGGCGACAGAACAAGCUUGCCGAAGUCCUGUACGACAUCACACGGGUCAGCUUCACCUAUGACGAGAUGGCGGGCGUGCUAAAGACGGUCAACCUGCAGAGCGAGGGCUUUAUCUGUUCGAUCCGCUAUCGUCAAGUGGGCCCCUUGGUGGACCGGCAGAUCUUCCGCUUCAGCGAGGACGGCAUGGUUAACGCCCGCUUCGACUACACCUAUGACAGCAGCCUACGCAUUACUAGCGUGCAGGGUGUCAUCAACGAGACCCCGCUGCCCAUCGACCUCUACCAGUUCGACGAUAUCUCCGGCAAAGUCGAGCAGUUCGGCAAGUUCGGCGUCAUCUACUAUGACAUCAACCAGAUAAUUUCCACGGCCAUUAUGACCUACACAAAGCACUUUGACGCACACGGACGGAUCAAGGAGAUCCAGUACGAGAUCUUCCGAUCGCUCAUGUACUGGAUCACUUUCCAGUACGACGACGUGGGACGAUGUACCAAGAGGGAGAUCAAGAUCGGACCAUUUGCCAACACCACCAAGUACGGCUACGAGUAUGACGUGGAUGGCCAGCUCCAGACAGUCUACCUCAAUGACAAGGUCAUGUGGCGCUACACCUACGACCUGAACGGCAACAUCCACCUACUGAACCCAGGUAACGGCGCCCGCCUAAUCCCCCUGCGCUACGAUCUCCGCGACCGCAUCACCCGCCUGGGAGACAUACAGUACCGCAUGGACGAGGAUGGCUUCCUCCGCCAGCGAGGUUCUGAGAUCUUUGAGUACAACUCCAAAGGCCUCCUGGCCCGCGUCUAUAGCAAGAGCAAUGGCUGGACCAUCCAGUACCGCUACGACGGCCUGGGACGAAGGGUGUCCACCAAGACCAGCCUAGGGCAGCACCUGCAAUACUUCUACGCGGACCUGAGCUACCCCAGCAGAAUCACCCACGUUUACAAUCACUCCAGCUCGGAGAUCACCUCACUCUACUAUGACCUGCAGGGCCACCUGUUUGCCCAGGAGAUCAGCAGCGGAGAGGAGUACUACAUCGCCUGUGACAACACCGGAACCCCUCUUGCCGUAUUCACCAGCAACGGCCUCCUGAUCAAGCAGGUCCAGUACACAGCGUACGGGGAGAUCUACUUUGACUCCAACCCAGAAUUUCAACUGGUGCUGGGGUUCCACGGGGGACUCUAUGACCCGCUGACCAAAUUGUUGCAUUUUGGUGAGAGGGACUAUGACAUUAUGCCCGGCAGGUGGACUGUGCCUGACAUCAGCACGUGGAAACGAGUGGGGAAAGAGCCAGGUCCUUUUAAUCUCUAUAUGUUCAGAAACAACAACCCCAUCAGCAAAGUACAUGAAGUGAGAGAAUAUGUGGCAGGUAGGAUAUUUAUUGUCACUAUUAUUUUACUUACUAAUAUUCAAUGUGCACGUAGUGUAUACAUGUUAUUCAAAAGUUGAAAUGUUUAUACAUACUUUGUUCAUGCAUGUAAUUCGAGCUUAUUAAUGAUAACUAAGACACAAAUUACUUAUAUUAUAAAACAUUACCAUAUUUUCUACCUUGACAUAACCAUGCCAUGAAAUAUUUAUUAUGACUCUGCUCUUAUUUGUCCCAUGUAGAUGUGAAUAGCUGGCUAGUGACCUUUGGGUUCCAUCUACACAACACCAUUCCUGGCUUCCCAGUCCCAAAGUUUGACCUGACCCACCCCUCCUAUGAACUGAAGAAGAGCCAGCUUUGGGACGAUCUACCGGUUGGUUUCAUAUCUGACAUUAUUUCAAAAUCUCAGUUAUUGUCAUGCUAUUUGCAAUCCAUAUAUUAGUUAAAUGUAAAGUAAGCAGGGUGAUCUAAAAGACCAUAGUUGUUUGCUGGCUGAAUAUCAAGCACUUUGACAAACAAACAAAAUUCCUUGGUGAAAAGAAGCAUGUAAUCGCUUCUGCUCUACAGUUGCUUUCUAUUAAAUGUAUAUUUUGUUCUGUAGCCCCAUGUUUUUAAUUGGAAUGCUGGUUAGCCCAUAGCAUCCCAUUUAAUUGGACAGCUUUUGCAUAGGAACAAGUAAAAAAUUGCAUUUACAUUUGUUCUUUGAUUACAGUUUUUCCCAAUUGUUAACACACGUUUGCUGAAACUACAUCUCAGGUACUCUAAACACAAAACAGUUAGCCAAUUUCCCCAAACCCCACAGACAUCUUGCAAAAUAAACGCAGUAAUCAAAAUCAUGUACUCCCUGCUCAAAAUGAAACUCUGCAUACAAAUGAGACACACGCAAAUCAAAUGAAUCUAACUUAGUGACAACCGAGAUCACACUAAUGUGAUAUAUUCAAAACUACUAUCAGAACCUAUUUCAGUGUAAAGACUAAGAUGUUGUUGUUAUACUGUGUUUGUUUGUGUGUACUCAAACCAGAAAGUCACACCAAAUGCAAACAUUUGAUUUUUAGAUCUCAACGUGACUCAAUACAUUUUAAACAGCAUACUGUAAGCACACAUACAGUAGAAAUGCAAACAUACAGUAAAUAUAUAUCACAUUUUAUUUUAUUGGUCACAUACACAUAUUUAGCAGAUGUUAUUGCGGAUGUAGCGAAAUGCUUGUGUUCCUAGCUCCAACAGUGCAGUAGUAUCUAACAAUUCACAACAACACACACAAAUCUAAAAGUAAAGGAAUGGAAUUAAGAAAUAUAUAAAUAUUAGGAAGAGCAAUGUCGGAGUGGCAUUGACAAAAAUACAGUAGAAUAGAAUACAGUAUAUACAGUGGGGGAAAAAAGUAUUUAGUCAGCCACCAAUUGUGCAAGUUCUCCCACUUAAAAAGAUGAGAGAGGCCUGUAAUUUUCAUCAUACAGUGAGUGGAAAAAAGUAUUUGAUCCCCUGCUGAUUUUGUACGUUUGCCCACUGACAAAGAAAUUAUCAGUCUAUAAUUUUAACGGUAGGUUUAUUUGAACAGUGAGAGACAGAAUAACAACAAAAAAAUCCAGAAAAACGCAUGUCAAAAAUGUUAUAAAUUGAUUUGCAUUUUAAUGAGGGAAAUAAGUAUUUGACCCCCUCUCAAUCAGAAAGAUUUCUGGCUCCCAGGUGUCUUUUAUACAGGUAAGGAGCUGAGAUUAGGAGCACACUCUUAAAGGGAGUGCUCCUAAUCUCAGUUUGUUACCUGUAAAAAAGACACCUGUCCACAGAAGCAAUCAAUCAAUCAGAUUCCAAACUCUCCAACAUGGCCAAGACCAAAGAGCUCUCCAAAGAUGUCAGGAACAAGAUUGUAGACCUACACAAGGCUGGAAUGGGCUAGAAGACCACCGCCAAGCAGCUUGGUGAGAAGGUGACAACAGUUGUUGCGAUUAUUCGCGAAUAGAAGAAACACAAACGAACUGUCAAUCUCCCUCGGCCUCGGGCUCCAUGCAAGAUCUCACCUCGUGGAGUUGCAAUGAUCAUGAGAACGGCGAGGAAUCAGCCCAGAACUACACGGGAGGAUCUUGUCAAUGAUCUCAAGGCAGUUGGGACCAUAGUCACCAAGAAAACAAUUGGUAACACACUACGCCGUGAAAGACUGAAAUCCUGCAGCGCUCGCAAGGUCCCCCUGCUCAAGAAAGCACAUAUACAGGCCCGUCUGAAGUUUGCCAAUGAACAUCUGAAUGAUUCAGCGGAGAACAGGGUGAAAGUGUUGUGGUCAGCUGAGACCAAAAUGGAGCUCUUUGGCAUCAGCUCAAGUCGCCAUGUUUGGAGUAGGAGGAAUGCUGCCUAUGACCCCAAGCACACCAUCCCCACCGUCAAACAUGGAGGUGGAAACAUUAUGCUUUGGGGGUGUUUUUCUGCUAAGGGGACAGGACAACUUCACCGCAUCAAAGGGCCGAUGAACAGGGCCAUGUACCGUCAAAUCUUGGGUGAGAACCUCCUUCCCUCAGCCAGGGCAUUGAAAAUGGGUCGUGGAUGGGUAAUCCAGCAUGACAAUGACCCAAAACACACAGCCAAGGCAACAAAGGAGUGGCUCAAGAAGAAGCACAUUAAGUUCCUGGAGUGGCCUAGCCAGUCUCCAGACCUUAAUCCCAUAGAAAAUCUGUGGAGGGAGGUGAAGGUUCGAGCUGCCAAACGUCAGCCUCGAAACCUUAAUGACUUGGAGAAGAUCUGCAAAGAGGAGUGGGACAAAAUCCCUCCUGAGAUGUGUGCAAACCUGGUGGCCAACUACAAGAAACAUCUGACCUCUGUGAUUGCCAACAAGGGUUUUGCCACCAAGUACUAAGUCAUGUUUUGCAGAGUGGUCAAAUAUUUAUUUCCCUCAUUAAAAUGCAAAUCAAUUUAUAACAUUUUUGACAUGCGUUUUUCUGGAUUUUUUUGUUGUUAUUCUGUGUCUCACUGUUCAAAUAAACCUACCAUUAAAAUUAUAGACUGAUCAUGUCUUUGUCAGUGGGCAAACGUACAAAAUCAGCAGGGGAUCAAAUACUUUUUUCCCUCACUGUAGGUACACGUCAACUAUGACGGACAAAUUGAGGGAAAAAAAUCCAGAAAAUCACAUUGUAGGAUUUUUUAUGAAUUUAUUUGCAAAUUAUGGUGGAAAAUAAGUAUUUGGUCACAUACAAACAAGCAAGAUUUCUGGCUCUCACAGACCUGUAACUUCUUCUUUAAGAGGAUCUUCUGUCCUCCACUCGUUACCUGUAUUAAUGGCACCUGUUUGAACUUGUUAUCAGUAUAAAGGACACCUGUCCACAUCCUCAAACAGUCACACUCCAAACUCCACUAUGCCCAAGACCAAAGAGCUGUCAAAGGACACCAGAAACAAAAUUGUAGACCUGCACCAGGCUGGCAAGACUGAAUCUGCAAUAGGUAAGCAGCUUGGUUUGAAGAAAUCAACUGUGGGAGCAAUUAUUAGGAAAUGGAAGACAUACAAGACCACUGAUAAUCUCCCUCGAUCUGGGGCUCCACGCAAGAUCUCACCCCGUGGGGUCAAAAUGAUCACAAGAACGGUGAGCAAAAAUCCCAGAACCACACGGGGGGACCUAGUGAAUGACCUGCAGAGAGCUGGGACCAAAGUAACAAAGCCUACCAUCAGUAACACACUGCGCCGCCAGGGACUCAAAUCCUGCAGUGCCAGACGUGUCCCCCUGCUUAAGCCAGUACAUGUCCAGGCCCGUCUGAAGUUUGCUAGAGUGCAUUUGGAUGAUCCAGAAGAGGAUUGGGAGAAUGUCAUAUGGUCAGAUGAAACCUAAAUAUAAAUAUUUGGUAAAAACUCAACUCGUCGUGUUUGGAGGACAAAGAAUGCGGAGUUGCAUCCAAAGAACACCAUACCUACUGUGAAGCAUGGGGGUGGAAACAUCAUGCUUUGGGGCUGUUUUUCUGCAAAGGGACCAGGACGACUGAUCCGUGUAAAGGAAAGAAUGAAUGGGGCCAUGUAUCUUGAGAUUUUGAGUGAAAACCUCCUUCCAUCAGCAAGGGCAUUGAAGAUGAAACGUGGCUGGGUCUUUCAGCAUGACAAUGAUCCCAAACACACCGCCCGGGCAACGAAGGAGUGGCUUCGUAAGAAGCAUUUGAAGGUCCUGGAGUGGCCUAGCCAGUCUCCAGAUCUCAACCCCAUAGAAAAUCUUUGGAGGGAGUUGAAAGUCCGUGUUGCCCAGCGACAGCCCCAAAACAUCACUGCUCUAGAGGAGAUCUGCAUGGAGGAAUGGGCCAAAAUACCAGCAACAGUGUGUGAAAACCUUGUGAAGACUUACAGAAAACGUUUGACCUGUGUCAUUGCCAACAAAGGGUAUAUAACAAAGUAUUGAGAAACUUUUGUUAUUGACCAAAAACUUAUUUUCCACCAUAAUUUGCAAAUAAAUUCAUAAAAAAUCCUACAAUGUAAUUUUCUGGAAUUUUUUUCCUCAUUUUGUCUGUCAUAGUUGACGUGUACCUAUGAUGAAAAUUACAGGCCUCUCUCAUCUUUUUAAGUGGGAGAACUUGCACAAUUGGUGGCUGACUAAAUACUUUUCCCCCCCACUGUACAUAUGAAAUGAGUAAAGCAGUAUGUAAACAUUAUUAAAGUGACCAGUGAUUCCAUGACUAUGUAUAUAGAGCAGUAGCCUCUAAAGUGCAAGGUUGAGUAACUGGGUGGUAGCUGGCUAGUGAUGGCUAUUUAACAGUCUGAUGGCCUUGAGGCCUCAGUCUCUUGGUCCCAGCUUUGAUGUACCUGUACUGUCCUCGCUUUCUGGAUGGUAGCGGGGUGUACAGGCCGUGGCUUGGGUGGUUGAUGUCCUUGAUUAUAUUUUUUAGUUUUGGUCCGGCCACAGACUUUCAUCAACAUCACAGGCGAUAUUCUCCUUGGCCAGACAGCGGGAGAAAUAUCUUCUAGCAUGACGCAUCCACCCCUGACAGGACUCUGCUGGAAUGUCACCACAGGCCUCCAUCAAUGCCUGGAGAAGGGCAAUACGUUCAUGGGGUUUGCGAUCAUACACCUUCCACCAACAUGCUGAAAACAAGUCCUCAAUUGGGUUGAGAAAUUGGGAAUAUGGUGGGAGAUAUAGAAUUGUAAACCUGGGAUGGUCAUGAAACCAGUUGCAGACUUGAGUAGCCUGACGGAAACUCGACUUUUUCCCAAAUUAGAACAUACAUUUGCUGCUCAGGAUCACCUGGUGCUCUGGCUGAAAAACAUUUGAAUGUAAGGUGUUCAGGAAAUUAAGGAGAUGGGGAGUGCUGUAUGGUCCAAGGGUGGCAUGGCGAUGAAGGACCCCAUUGUGGCUCAUAGCUGCACAUAUGAUGACAUUUCCUUCACGCUGGCCAGGUACCUCAGUGAUGGCGCGUUGACCAAUGAUGUUCCUUCCUCUCCUCCUCGUCUUCACUUAAUUGAACCCAGCCUCAUCUAUGAACAUGAGUUCCUGGGGGAUGGGACUUGCAUCCAAAUCCAUGAUUCUCUGAAAUGACAGUAAAUACUGUAAUUGCUGUAUAAUCUCUGUUUCAAGAGUGUAGUACUAGUACAUAACUUACUUGCACAUAUUCGUACCAUUUUAUUAUUCACUCUUUGGGAAUUCCUUUCAAAUGGGACUCUGUAGAUUAUUUUCAUCCGGAGAUGGUGUUUCUUAAGGAUCCGGGCUAUGGUUGAUAAGCUCACUCUGAUGUUAUGGAAGAUGGCAGGGUUUUCAAUAAUUAGUUGUUGGAUUUCCCUCAGUCUUAUGGCAUUAUUUUAAACUAUCAUUUGCACAAUGGCAGGCUCCUGUUCGUCUGUAAAUAGACGCGUUCUACCACCACGUGGUGGUCGUCUUUCAGUUCUACAAAAACAAAUAGCAUACAGUACAGUAAAGUGUACAGUAAUACAGCAUACAAGAUAAACAUGUUACAAAGUAGUAUAGCUCCCAAUUUCAUACAUACAGUGCAUUCGGAAAGUAUUCAGACCCCUUCACUUUUUCCACAUUUUGUUAUGUUACAGCCUUAUUCUAAAAUGUAUUACAUUUACAAAAUCCUCAUCAAUCUAUAAUAAUGCCAUUUAGCAGACGCUUUUAUCCAAAGCGACUUACAGUCAUGCGUGCAUACAUUUUUUGUGUAUGGGUGGUCCCGGGGAUCGAACCCACUACCUUGGCGUUACAAGCGCCAUGCUCUACCAACUGAGCUACAGAGGACCCCAUGAACGUAUUGCCCUUCUCCAGGCAUUGAUGGAGGCCUGUGGUGACAUUCCAGCAGAGUCCUGUCAGGGGUGGAUGCGUCAUGCUAGAAGAUAUUUCUCCCGCUGUCUGGCCAAGGAGAAUAUCGCCUGUGAUGUUGAUGAAAGUCUGUGGCCGGACCAAAACAAAAAAAUAUAAUCAAGGACAUCAACCACCCAAGCCACGGCCUGUACACCCCGCUACCAUCCAGAAUCUACACAUAAUACCCAAUAAGGACAAAGCAAAAAUAGGUUUUUAUUGUUUUGGGGAAAUGUAUUAUAAAUAAAAAACAGAAAUACCUUAUUUACAUAAGUAUUCAGACCCUUUGCUAUGAGACUCAAAAUUGAGCUCAGGUGCAUCCUGUUUCCAUCCUUGAUAUUUUUCUACAACUUGAUUGUGGUAAAUUCAAUUGAUUGGUCAUGAUUUGGAAAGGCACACACCUGUCUUUAUAAGGUCCCACAGUAGACAGUACAUGUCAGAGCAAAAACCAAGCCAUGAGGUCGAAGGAAUUGUCCGUAGAGCUCAGAGACUGUGUUGAGGCACAGAUCUGGGGAAGGGUACCAAAACAUUUCUGCAGCAUUGAAGGUCUCCAAGAACACAGUGGCAUCUGUCAUUAUUAAAUGGAAGAAGUUUUGAACCACCAAGACUCUUCCUAGAGCUGGCCGCCCGGCCAAACUGAGCAAUCGGGGAGAAGAGCCUUGGUCAGGGAGGUGACCAAGAACCCGAUGGUCACUUUGACAGAGCUCCAGAGUUCCUCUGUGGAGAUGGGAGAACCUUCCAGAAGGACAACCAUCUCUGCAGCACUCCACCAAUCAGGCCUUUAUGGUAGAUUUGCCAGACGGAAGCCACUCCUCAGUAAAAGGCACAUGACAGCUUGCUUGGAGUUUGCCAAAAGGCACCUAAAGGACUCUCAGACCAUGAGAAACAAGAUUCUCUGGUCUGAUGAAACCAAGAUUGAACUCUUUGGCCUGAAUGUAAAGCGUCACAUCUGGAGGAAGCAUGGUGGUGGCAGCAUCAUGCUGUGGGGAUGUUUUUCAGCGACUGGGAGACUAGUCACGAUCGAGGGAAAGAUGAACAGAGCAAAGUACAGAGAGAUCAUUGAUGAAAACCUGCUCCAGAGCGCUCAGGACCUCAGACUGGGGCGAGGGUUCACCUUUCAACAGGACAAUGACCCUAAGCAUACAGCCAAGACAACGCAGAAGUGGCUUCGGGACAAGUCUCCGAAUGUUCUUGAGUGGCCCAGCCAGAGCCCGGAAUUGAACCCAAUCGAACAUCUCUGGAGAGACCUGGAAAUGGCUGUGCAGCGACGCUUCCCAUCCAACCUGACAGAGCUUGAGAGGAUCUGCAGAGAAGAAUGGGAGAAACUCCCUAAAUACAGGUGUGCCAAGCUUGUAGCGUCAUACCCAAGAAGACUCGAGGCUGUAAGUGUCUGCAGGACAUACCUAUUCUCAUUUUGGAACGUCCGAAUGAUGGAUGCUACGGUGAAGCGUCUCAGAUUGGGCUGCACUCUCUGCCCCUCUUAAGGUCAAACAAUGGUUGACCACAUGGUCCACCACAGUCUCCCGAAUUUCAUCAGGGGUUAACUCUCCUUGUUCUUAGUCUUCCUUCACCUCCACCUCCACCUUCACCUCCACCUCCACCUCUACCUCUACCUCUACCACCACCUCCACCUCUAUCUCUACCUCUCUCUGCCAAGUUUGCUUCCUUUGUUCUCCAAACACAGGAGUACUCACUUGUAGCCUUUUUAUCCAUACCAAAGGUCUGAUUGCAAAGUGAACACUUACGCAAAUAGUGUUUGCACAUGUGAACAGUGAAAGUGAUCAAUUGGUAAUUGAGCUUAGCUUGUUGAACAGUGUUGCUUUUCAUUCGCACACAAUAGGUUUUAGUUGUGAAGGUUCUGCCAAAGUAGAGAAUUGUGUGUUAUGUUUUGCCAAAUGUUUGUUAUAGAAUUGCAUUCUGAGUGUAAAGCAAAACGUGUUGAUAGUAUUGCAGAUUUGGUGUAUGGUUCUGCUAAAUUAGUUACAGUUUUGGGCCAUUAUGCCUCAUGGGCCAGUUUUAGUGUGUAAACAACUGGGAAAAACUGUAAUAUGGAAGAGUAACAAAUAACUUAUCUCAAACUUUUCAUUUGUUGUAUCCAAUUAAUAACUUUUUCUGCUGUCCAAGACAGUGUUAUAGUUUUCCUUGCAUUAAACAUUCAUAACACAAAUAUAAUCAUACUUACAAAUUUAUAAGCAAUGCAUACAGACAUUUUUAAGCACUACAUACGUGACAUUUCCACUUGUUAACACAAUCAUUGUUAACACAAUCGUUAUGAAUGUUUAUUCAAUGAUUAUUACGCUGUCAUGAAUUGCAUGUUAAUCUUGAUAUAAAAAAAAUCCCCACUGGCAUUUUACCUUGUUUUAGCUUUAUCCCACUGCCUGGUAAUACAAUUAUCUUGCAGGCACAUGAAAAGUCUUUGAAGCCUGCUUCUGCUCAUGAAUGGACUGCAGUGUGAGGUUCUGCCACGCUCAGAUGUUAACGUUUCACUGCACUCUCUUUACAGUCCAUCUCUGGGGUCCAGCAGGAAGUUACCAGACAGGCGCAUGCCCUCCUGUCGUUUGAGCGGCUGCCGGAGGUCUAUGCGGUCCGAGGCCGCCGAGGUGAGAAGCCCUGGUUCUGGUUUUCAGCCGCCCAGUCCCCUAUCGGGAGGGCUGUCAUGUUCGCCAUCUACAAGGGCACUGCCCACACUCACUCGCUCAACGUGGCCAACGAGGACUGCAUCAAGGUGGCCACUGUCCUCAACAACGCCUUCUACCUGGAAAACCUGCACUUCACCGUGGAAGGCCGCGACACUCACUACUUUGUCAAGCCUGGCCUGCCCGACGGUGACCUGGCUGCGCUGCGCCUCACCAGCGGCCAUAAGACCCUGGAGAAUGGGGUCAACAUCAGCGUGUCCCAGUCCACCAUGGUCAUGGACAGCCGGACGCGCCGCUUCGCAGACGUGGAGUUGGGUCGGGGGCCACUAGCGCUGCACGUGCGCUACGGCUCCACGUUGGAUGAGGAAAAAGCCCGUGUUCUUGAGUUGGCCCGCCAGAGGGCGUUAGUGAGUGCGUGGGCCAACGAACAGCAGAAGGUGAGCAACGGUGAGGAGGGAGGCCGUCCAUGGACAGAGGGAGAGAAGAGGCAGCUUCUGAGCAACGGGAAAGUGCAGGGGUACGAUGGGUACUACGUACUUUCCAUUGAGCUAUACCCGGAGUUAGCGGACAGUGCUAAAAACAUUCAGUUCCUACGGCAAAGUGAAAUAGGGAAA